AUGGCUUGGAAUCUGCCCACCCGGAGGCGAGCCGCCCGGAGCCAUUGCACGGUGAGUGUCUCUGCCUUGUUCCGCCUCUCCGGCUCCUCCGAGAGCGACAGCCUGCUUGCGCCGCGCGCCCAGGCAGCCGGGCAGCCUUGGACAGGUGCGGCACGCAGCUCCGGGGCUUCAUGGAGGAUGCUGGCGAGAGCUAGGGCAAUGACAAAGAACCUCCAGCUUCAGGCUCCUUGCAGGAGGGGGAAAAGUGGGGGGUGGGUGGGUGGGGGGGAUGAAAGAGAGGCAGCAGCUCUGGGUAGCUUGCCUUGCAGCCCCUCUCCUGACACCGCCUCCCUUUCUGCCUCGGAUGGACAUCCUGCUGUGGCGUGCCGGGAAUGCUACUGAGCCUGCCUGGGCUGGCAGAGCCUGAGCUGAACGUGCCAGGGUGCGUGUGUUGCUGCUGGGCAUGCAGUCUGCCUGCUAAAGGGCUUGUGUGCCUGUGCUGAGCAGCUCUCAUGGCCCAAGGGUGUAUGGGCCUUUUUUUGUUUUUGGUGGGGGGUGUACUGAGAGGCAAUGCUGUGCCUCCAGGUACCAUGGCCACCCCCUCCCCUGCCCCAGAAGGCUUGUCUAUCUCCCUCAAUAGGUUUUGACAUCCCAUCAGUGUUGGGGAUCCAACUCUGGGAAGCAAGUGGAGUGGGAGGAAAGGAGGGGGGGAUCUCGGCAGCCAAUGCCAGCAAAGGAUGGCCAUAAAGGAUGCCCAUUAGCUUGCUCCAAGAUCAGGGUGGGCAAGCUGUCAUUCCCUUUGCAAGGCUGUGCUGGAGAGAGGCAUCUGUAACACACAAGAAGUGGGGAGAAAUAAAGUAAAGGAAGAGACAAAAAAAGAAAAGAAAAGAAAAGAAAAGCAUGCCUUAAUAUCCCUGGCAAUUAUUAUUAUUUAUUAAUUUUUUUAGUUGCUUCAUCUUGCUCAGGGCACCCAAAGCGACUUCAAACCAGUCAACCAGACAAAAACUCCCAACAUAGGAGAAAGAGGCUGGGGUACACUGCUAAAAGAUGAAGGUUGCAACCCUGUGUACACUUACCUGGGAGUAAUCCCCAUCAAGCACUUCUCAGACACUGUGAGUGAGGCCUGCUUUGUGUAGCCAGUAACAUUAAAAAAACCCCGGAGACAGUGUGUGUUUCAUGAUGUUUUCUGGAUGGGCUGCCAGGGCUUCAGGUUUGUUAGAGCAAGGAGGGAAACUGGUGUUUCCUCCUCUUAAGGGGCAGCGAAUGCAUGACAUAACAGGGAUGGAGAGCGCGCUCUGUUUUCUUGGCAGAACUAGGUCCCUUGAGUGGUGAUGCAUUAAUGCUGCCUUCCAUUUAUCAAAGGUGCUAUAUUCAAACGCUCAAGCGAGAGCCCACUUCCAGAUUAAGGAGCUGCAUCCAGCUGCUCUAAACUUGGCCUUGCAUUUUUUGCUUUAAAAUUGGUUACAGGCAUCAUCUUUCAGAUGCUAGUAAGGGUCUCUGUGCAGUUUAUCUCACUAGUGUGGACAUGAAUCCUGUGUGUGUCUGGUUUUUAUAAAUCUCUCUCUCUGAUCCUUCAGAAUGAGUUAUGGGUAACACAAUGCCAGCACAUAUUUGGCUGUUGUCGCUGUCCACUUGUGGAUGUGCUUUCAUUGCACACCCAUGCCUGGUCACAAGAGGACAGGCACAAUUCCCACUUAUGGCAAUGUAACUGGAGCUGGGACAGGUCCAAUGCAUACAGGCACCUAAUCUAAUUUUGGUGUCUUAAUUCACAUCGGAAAGUGUGGCUCCUGACCCUUUGAUUUUCCUCUGCCAAAUAACUGCCACUGCCAGUAGAAUCGACAAGAUGCUGCAGGAAAUUGAGCUGCCUUGAAAAUGGGCAGAUCAAUAGAAGCUCCUUGAGCUUCAUCUGGUAAUUAUUUGAUUUUGAUGUAGGAUUCCAGUUCUGUUCCUCUUCUUGACAUGAGAUCCUGGUGCCAAGCUUUGGGUUCAUGGAUAGAAGACACAAGUGGUUUCCUCUUUACCUCAGAUUACACUAUAUAGGGUGAACAUAUCAAUUUCUUUGCUUGCUCACUGUGUUGGAUCUAGUCUUUGACUUGGAGACAUGCUUUGCUCAGAUUGUAGCCUAGACAUGCUACAAUCAAUGGAGUUUGAGGCUUAAAUCCUACCCUUUGGGCUGUCUACUCCCUUUUCUUCCUUGUAUCACCAACAGAAACCAAUUUGAUCCCUUGCUUUUAGCAUCAUCAUCAUCAUCAUCAUCAUCAUCAUCAUCAUCAAACAGCUCCAAUUCAUAUCUUCUAUUAUUAGAGAUCCUUAGCAAGCUGACACGGCCUACUACACAAACCAGUUGAGCACUGAUAAGCUGAUUUAGUUCCAUUAUGCAUUUUAACACCCCAGUCCUAAAACUGUUACUUGGUAUCAGUAAUACUGGUGCGGCUUGUAAUAUAUUUAGUCAGGAUGAGGGUAUAAAUGCAUGCAUAUUCAAGUAACUGCUUUGUGGAUCACAGCUCCAACAGGCCAAUGAAUGCAUCUAUGUUAAUACAGCAUGCAGGAAGUCAGCUCCAGCCUAUGAUACAGUAAAUUCUUUUUAUUAUGCAGCUGUUAAAGCCCGGUAAACAUGUUCAGAUUCUUCAGAUGUUAUCUGUCUAACAUGCAUAAUCAGGUCAAUUAAAUCCUGAUGUUUUGGGGUGUUAUGGUGUCUGAAUGAAUUUUAAUGCUGUGGAAAGAAGCUGAGUUGAUAGCCCUGGGUAGGAGAACAAUGUUGUUGUUUUUUAUCUCUCUGCCAGGUAUAUCACACACGAGCUUUUCAUGCACUGUGCUUGAAAACAGGCACUUCUAUGAUUGCCUAAAGCAGUGGUUUUCAACCAGUGUGCUGUGGUACCCUGGGGUGCCUUGAAUGAUGGUCAGGGGUGCUGCAGGUAACACUGGCCUCUGUCUCUCUUUCCUUCCCUCCCUCCUCUAAUGCUCUCUUGAGUCUCUGCCUCCCAAAGGCUUCCACAGUUGUUCGUUGCAGCAGCCCUGCUGCCACCACUGCUGCCUCCCAUGGUAAAGUGUUGGCUUCACAUUCACCUUUGGCCAGUCUCUGUUGGGCCACUAAGGCUGGGGGAAUCCUCUGCCCAGGCCUCUGUGGGGCGCUGUGAGGAGGCACCUCUCUUUGGGGUGAGGGGGGUAGCUGCUCAGAGGACUCUCAAGGACUGGAGAAGCGGAGGCUGAGGGAACACUCCACAAAGGAGGGUGUUUGAAAAAGGGUGAGAGGCUGCCAGCUCUGCAGGCAAGAGGUGACAAAACUGGGCCCCUGAAAGGGGUGCCACAGAAAGAAUGUAGUUGGUCAAGGGAACCGUGGACUCAAAAAGAUUGAAAACUUCUGGCCUAGAGGCUAUAUUUUACUCACCAUAGGCAAUCAGGCAAGGGACCUUGGAUAAAUUGGAAGACAGUAGUUCCUUCCCACCUCACCCCAUUUGCAGGGUAUGAUGCGCCACAACUGGUUAAUAUACUGGUAUGUGGGCAGAGAAGCUCUUAACACUUUUUUUGGUGUAAGCUAGUUUUUGUAUUUUUUUGCAGACUAUUUGGAACUGCUGUGUGUGCAGCCACUGCAAAAAAUCAGGUUUGAGAAGCACUCUUUUAAUAUGUUUGUGAGCAUUUUCCUUCUUCCCCAUCCAGUUUAUCUAUUUUCAGAAAGUGAAAGCAUCUUAUCAUUAGCCCCAUCAUCUGAAUUUUUGGGGGGCAGCUGAAUGACCACACUGUCCUUUUGUACUCUGUGGAGCCUUGUAGGGCUGAUCCACCCAUAUAAGUAUAUUCUCAUAAGUCAGUGUUUUGGGGGGUGCAGCUUAUGGGCAUUGACUAAACUUGGAAACUGUUGGCCUCCAGUUGAGAGCAUAUCUUUUUGAAUUGUUAAUAGGGAGAAUUCUUUUCUGCUUUUUUUUAAGUUAUGCACUUUUCAAAUGAUUUUUAAUACACCUUACUUUAAAAAAUAAAUAAAUGAAAUGCAACAUAAAAACAAAUUAAACGGCCGCAUUAAAAGCAGCAAAAAACAACCCCCCAAUAAAAGUAGUAGACAUGGUCAUCAGACGCCUUCUGGAAUAAAGAUGUCUUCAAACACCAUCUGAAAAGGGAAAGAAAGUAACCUGAUGGACUUUCCCAGGGAGCAUAUUCUAUACCUGUGGUAUACCACCACUUAGGAAGCUCUCUCCCUGAUUCCAGUCAAUCAGAUAUAACUCACAAUUGGACAAAAAACUAAUGCAGAUUUUAAGGCUCAGAGUGGCAGAAUGGCAUAGUCUGCAAUUCUUAGGAUACAAGAUUUUUGGUCGUUACAAGCUGCUUCAAUGUGGCCAGGAGAGAAAAUUGGAGUUCUCUGGUAUCUGAAGAAAGGGAUGCUUAUCUUUUUGACAAACAGGAUUUCUUUGCGCCAAGGAGGCAUCUUCUUUUUGAUGUUUCUGAGAAUUCCAGACGACCCAUUUGUUGAGCUGAUAGGGCAAUUAGACACUGUUGCCUAUUUAAUGAAUAUUCAUUCUGAUUUGUGUGUGGGGAUGCUAGAAGGUCUGCCACAGCAAGUGUUAUCCCACACUUCCCAGUACAUUUUCUCACCUCAGAGGUGGUUUUUAGGGCGGCGUGUGACUGGUUCAGUUGCAGUGGGGGCCGCAACAGUUGCAGGGGGCACCACAACAAUGCAGUAGAAGGGAGCAUGAAUUUUAGUGUCGCACAGGGCACCACUGAAAUUUGAGAGCCCAAACUCCACCACUGCACAUCACUUUUCUUACUGGAAAAAGUCUGAUCUUCAGGGGAAGCAGAUUUAUUGCACAGGAGCUCCAGAUCAGCUUUAAUUGUGCAACCUGAAUUUGCCAUUAUGUGAUUGAACCCUGUUCCAAAAGAGCAGCUGUCUGGAAGCACCCUUUGAAAUGAGUGCAGAGAACUAGAUUUAGGGGCUUUUCCAGAUCACCUUAUUUGCAUUAUAAUGGGAAUUUUCUUGUAGGAUCCAGACAUUCUUUCUCAAGGUAGUGUUUCUGUUGUAGGACUAUUGUCUUUUUAAACAUCAAAACUAUUGUGUGUGUGUGUGUUUUUAUCAUCUGUCAUCAGAAAGGGAAAAAAUACAUUUGCGCAUUAGCUGACAUUUCCCAUCUUGUACAGUGGUACCUUGGUUCUCGAAUGGCUUGGCUCCUGAACGAAUCAGCUCCCGAGCGUCGCAAACCUGGAAGUGUUCUGGUUUGCGAACGUUUUUCGGAAGCCAAACAUCAGAUGCGGCUUCCGCUUGAGUGCAGGAAGCUCCUGCAGCCAAUCAGAAGUUUUUGAAUGGUUUUGGGAGUCAAACGGACUCCCGGAACGGAUUAAGUUCGAGAACCAAGGUACCACUGUAUACUGAUGAUUUUCAGACUUUCCACCUUUCUGUUGAGGAAGCUGUGCAGGGCACCUGAUGAAUCCAUUGCUUAUGAUAAAGGAUUGUGCUGGGUUGAGUGAUUGUUCAGGGCAGGCACUGGCCAGAAUUCUUAGGCCUCAGUAUUGCCCCACAUGAACUGAGAAUGUGCCAUAUACAAUUGCUGACAAUGUGUCUGCACAUGCUGAAGGGAACAGUAAUGGUGGACAAUAGACUUUUGUCCACCAUCACCAAUCUACUUGUUGGAGAGCCUUGAUAAGCUAGUUCCAAAGAACCCCAGAGUUCCUCAGAGCACAUUUUGAAAUCUGACUUAACUUUAGCAUGUGUGUGUAUGUGAGCGAAAACUUGUAUGAUCUCUGAAAAUGACAUCCAUCCCUUGACCCAGAAAGCUUCAAGCCUGUUAUUUAUCUCUCAGAACUUUACUAGGCUUGGCAUAUUCUGUGCCAGAUGGUGGUUAUAAUGACUGUAUAAUCCAGAGACCAGUGAAACAGUAUGGCAGGUUCUGUCUCAAACGCUACAGGAAGGAGGACAGAAAUAAGGCCACACUCUCCUUGAGGAUUUGAUUAAGUCUGUGGUGAUACGUUCUGUUUGUAGGUUCAUGGCCACAUAUGGAUUUAUGAUGAAGGGACAUGGACCCUACCACAAAACUGGAUGCAGUGUGGAGGAAAGUUGUUCACAAAAUGGCUGCCAUGGGAAUGUGGCCAUUCACAAAAUGGCUGUCACCUUUAAAGUAGCAGAAAAGGAGGCAAUACAAGAAAAUGGUGUAAAUUUGGGAGACUUUAAUUCAAAGUCUUUGGAACUAAGGGGUCAGUCUUGUGAAACCCAGCUUAAGAGAACUGCAUGGCAGAAUCCCAAAUAUCAUUUUAUCUGGGGGGAAAAUGCAAGUGCCUAAUAGGUCUUGAGCAAACAUCCUUGUGGGUAGUUAGGGGAGGUCAGAUUCAUCGGGUGCAUGCUUUUGGCUGGGAGAAAGGUUGUCAUGCAGAGUUUGUUAUUGUGCAUGUUGGUCUGUGGCCUAGUAUUAAUGAACCCCCAUUGGUUUUCUGUUCUAGCAGUUGGUUGAAAUGGAGGCAGAAUGAGCCCCAUAGGAAGAGUAAGAUGUUUUUCAUACAGAUGAGGGGGGUGGAAUCUGAAUUAAUUACCUCCUGUUUCCCAAAUAGGCUUAGAACUGUCAGAACUAAUUUUCCCAUCUGGGGCUUGCAAUGCAUGGCAUCCUCGACAGGGGAGAAUAUUAUCUUGUGGGGGAAGGGAGGUUACUAAAGAGGACGGAGGUACGUUUGCCCCCCUCCUCCCUCCCAGUUCCUUGUAAUUCUGCAGCUAUGAUGGAAAGGCUUUCUUCUGCCUUGAGAAAAGUAAAAUAAGGACAGAGCAAGCUGUGUGACAAAUGGCUUUCAAGCUAUUGCUGUCCCAGUAGCAGGCAGCCUGCCAAACUAUUUAAGCCCAAUAAUAAUAUAGUUCAGCAAAUCUGAAGCCACCUAGGAAAACAGCAGCAUUCAGCUCGCUGACAAGCACACAUGCUUAAUGCUCCAUGCUUAAGUUGAAGGAGAAUCUCCCAGAAACAUUUACAAUAUGGCGUCUACUGGACUCUACUUCUAACAAAGACUAUCCAACAGAGGGCAGUGGUGAGUAACCUUAACUAAGCUCAGUUGCCAUCCAUUUAACAACUAGUUUUAGAUUUCCCUUUGAAUAUUUUCUGGCAUGUUAUGAUUAUCAGUGAAAAAACAUGGUGUUCUUUGUUUUGAUCUGUUUUGAAAAAAUGAUAAUUUCCCCUUUAUUUUUUUUUCAACAGUUGAUUCCAAACCCUGAAAGAGUUCAGACUGUGUUUUUGUGGGUGGGUGGAGAGAUUGGACCACAAAAUGACUGGCUUCAGAGUACAUUAUGUGAUGUAAAAAACUCAACAUUGUGUAUUAUUAUUAUUGCUUUAUUAAGGUGUGCCAAAAAAUACAGAGUCUAAAUGAUUAAAGUAACUGAGCCAAUGAUAUUUCAAAAAGAUUGUGGGUCUGAGUACUGCUUUGAUGUGCAUGGCACAAAAUGGCUUCCUUCAUUUCCCCUCAGUUGUGCGUAGAUAUUACUGAUUCAUUGGGCUAAGGAACAAAGAAGCAGGUGUGUCGUAUUGUUCAUGUAGUGUUAUGUUGUUCAUCGUGCCAUUAAAAAUGUAUCUGAUCAUCAUGUUUCUGGACCGUUCGUUAUUCAUGAAAUAAGGGUAUGUUUUUAUUCAGAUUAAGUAAUAAAAACCUGCUGUGAUAUUUUUCUGUCCUUGGUCUGUCUUUGGUUUUAGAGAAUCCUGCAUGUGGAUUCAGUGCAGAUGUUGGCUAUCACCUGGACAGUUUGCCUAUUUCUUGUUAUGAAAAUAUAUAAGCCAGAAUUACUUUCAGGUUUUGGAUCUUGGAACACUGAACUGUUCUGUGCAAUUUUUGGUAAGUGUAAAACCCAAAUUUGCUGCCAGACUGCUCCUAAGGUGUGUCCCUUGCUUUAAAGCAGCCUCAUGGAACAGGCCAUUAAAAUAAAUAUAAGUUGGGCAUUAAAAGAACUGGCUUGGCUGGUUUAAAAACAAGGAAACAAGCCCCUGGAUGGUUUGGUAAUGUCUGCUUAUGAUCUGGUAUCAGCAGUUACCACUCAUUUCCAGCUAAAUACAUAGCCUGUCAAUGGCUGGCCAGUCUUUAUAGACCACGGGCUUUGACCUGGUGUGGUCUCAUGCAUUUCACAAGCAUUGGUCCCUGAAGCCUUCUGACCUUGCUGUAGAUUCAUUAUGGCAGCCAUGUUUGCUUUCUGAGUUCCCAUGGUAACCAAAUAGUAGGAGUAAGUGGUCUCGAAAUGGCUUGGAAAUGAAGAAGGGAUAACAGCGACCCUCAAACUGAAGAGGAUAGAUUCUGUGUUCUGAGGAGCAGUUUAAAUCUGAACGCCUCACUUCACAGAGGUUGCAGGACAUAGUCCCUGUAUAGUAGCUGUAACGUGCAAGACAGUCUGCCAUGGCGCAGAUUGCAGCAGCCAUUGCAUGAAGACUAUCUGCCAUACUACCACCAAGCAGUCAUCUUGGAGACAGAAGACACUAUGUGAACUAUCCACCUGAUAUAGGCAAGUGGAGCCAUUCCAAGUUUGGCAGUGUUUUGUUAGGACGGGGGAGUUAGAUGAAAUAUAAUCGGAAGUCUGAACAGAAAUAUGUGCUUGAAUUUGAAUCAAAUAAUACUGAAAGGAUGCAGGAGUUUUAAAAUAUGCGUUAAUGUUUCAAAAUGAAUGUGCACAGGGCACCCUGCUGCUAUGAUGGCUCGUAACUGCUUUGCCCCGUAAUGAAACAGAUCACUCUUUGUUGAUACAAAAAUCCACAUGAGUGGCUUUUGCAUUGCAGUAGUUACCUUCUCCACUCAAAUGUUUGGUGCUCAAGUGAAUAUACAGUACCAAUGCUCCUUAAAUGCUGCCAAGCACAGAUGCUACAGCUGCCCUCUGUGUUUAGGGUUUGAGGUCAUGCAUCGAUUUGUCCCUAUCGAUAUGUAGCAUUGCUGCUGUGCUGUAAGAUGCCACUUCUGCUUUCCCCCAGGCUACAUUAAAUGUGACACACAUUCCCCCCACCCUGGUGAUCUAUAGCAGACUGAAGAAAUCUCUCUUUAUUGUGGAGAUAACCGAAAGCCUCUGUUGAUCUAUAGGGCUGGAAUGGAUUCAUUUAUACUGUACAGUCCAAACUCUACUACGACACAAGCAAAAAAGGAGGUGCAUCAUGGUGGUAUUCCUAAUGAUAGCACAAGUCCUUUUAAGCUGCAUUUGCUAAACAUAUUCCUUGAUUUUGAAGGGAUAUUUCAGGUUGCCAUACAUCCAGAUUUUCCUGGACAUGUCUGGGAACAGCAGAAUGACGUGUGGGCGGAUUUUCACUAAAUCGGUAGAAUGUCUGGGAAAACCUGGUCGUAUGGCAAGGAAGGGGGCUCAACAACUUUGUCCAGAUUUUCACUUUUGGGAAUAUGGCAACCCUAGGAUAUUGCAUAGGGUGGUGGAGUUUAUAAAGUCCAGUUUUUGGUUACUCUGACUCCACCCCCCCACCUGUUCAUCUCAUAUUUCACUUUUCAACACAGCAAAGGAUAACUGCAGGCUUUUCUUUUGGAUAUGGUCAGUUGUAAGAAGACACACAUACCAUGCACCUUGCCAAGCUCCUUACUGCCUCCUGUUGGCUGCUUUCCAUUUUGGAAUCUGAAAUACUGUUAUUCUUCUUUCUCUAAUCACUGACACAAGUUCAGGGUGAGGUUAUGUAGCUGUCUGGCUGCAAGGGAGUGUGCGCAGGUUUUAUCUCCAGACCUUGUUCAUUCUUCAGCCCAGACCUGAUGUCAGGCAGCAAAUAAUUCUGUGCAAACACCAGCCAGACAUGUGCAUUAUGACUUAAUCCUCCCUUGUGACCGGCAUGGAGGCCUUAAUCCUCGGGUGUUACUGAAAGCGUUGUGUGCGUGUGUGCAUAUGUGCUACAGAACAAAAAAAGAAUGUAUCUCACUUCUUUGGAAAGCACCUUUUAGAUGUGUGGAAUAAUUAGAACAGCUCUCUCUCCCCCCUGCCCCGCCACAGUCCAAACACCAUGAACAUAGAGCUGUUUUUUGCUGUCACUGAUGGGAAUGGAGCAGAAUGAGGCUGACCACAGGAGUCCAAUACCCAGUGGAUUCGGUGGCUACUACAUUUUGGAAAAGCUUUGUGUUUCCGCAUGCUGUCUGGGCCGAAAAGUGCUCUGCAUGCUGAGGAUCUCUUCCAAAAGCCCAAACACUAUUGUGGUGGGGUUAUAAUGGUUAGAGUGUCAGACUAGGACCUUGGGAGACCAGGGUUCAAAUUCCCACUCAGCCAUGAAGUUCACUGGGUGGCUUUGACCCAGUCACUGCCUCUCAGCCUGACCUAUCGCACAGGGUUGUUGUGGGGGGUUACAUGAGGAAGGGGAGAAGAACCUUGCAGGCCACCUUGAACUUCUUGGAGAAAAAGAUUGGAUAUAAAUGCACCCAUUUGUCAAAUGCACCCAUGGUGAAGAGUUCUACCCACCUGCUUUGGGAAGAGGCUGCAUUUUCUCUUUUUUGGUCAUGUGUACAUAGACGUGGGCUUGCUGAUCGGAAGGUCGGCAGUUCGAAUCCACGCGAUGGGGUGAGCUCCCAUUGCUCGGUCCCUGCUCCUGCCAACCUAGCAGUUUGAAAGGACGUCAGAGUGCAAGUAGAUAAACAGGUACUGCUCCGGCAGGAAGGUAAACGGCGUUUCCGUGCGCUGCUCUGGUUCGCCAGAAGCGGCUUAGUCAUGCUGGCCACAUGACCCGGAAGCUGUACGCCGGCUCCCUUGGCCAGUAAAGCGAGAUGAGUGCCACAACUCCAGAGUUGUCCGCGACUGGACCUAAUGGUCAGGGGUCCCUUUACCUUUACCUUUUUACAUAGAAAGAAGAUAGAUGAACAAAUAAUCUGAUCUGGAAUACAGCCACUUUCUAAGAGUGUCUGCUGUCCUAUCUGCCCAUCUCUGCUUCUCCCUUUAGCUGAUGGAACGGUUUCUGUUUUUUCCUGCCUCUGUGAUCUGAUGAUGUAGAUGGUAGGAAGACUGCCAGGACUUAGGGUGCACAGAUGACAGCUAGAUUUCCAAAGGAGGUUUUGUUUUUCCUGUUUUGCCCUAUGUGUGGCCAGAUGGGAAGGUGUGGUGAGGUUGGUCCUUUAGAAACCAAAGCAGAAUUCUCUUGAGUGAUUUGGUCUGUUGUUUGAUCUCAGCAGGUGUAGCUUCCAUGUGCCUUAAAUACAGUUCCUCUAAAAAUCGCAUCCCUUUCUCUACCGCAGAAGAUUCCUCCAGGAGCGCUUUGGCUUACGACUGUUUGGUAUGCAGCCCAAGUCUCAAGCAUUGCAGUCAGAGUCCUUUUGGGAUGGAGCCUGCGUCUAUUGAAGAGAGUUCAUCUCUCAGCGCAAAGCAGGAGCUGUGAGCUUAAAGGAAGGAGAAAGAGGGCAUUUAUCUAAAUGGGAACAAAUAUUCAAAAUAACAGUAGUCACUGUUUGUGCCUCCCUCGUGAGUAAAGGGUUGGGAAUGUUUGGGACAGGGUGUGAAAUAUGAUGCAAAGGCUCAUAUGACAACAAGGGAAGCGGCUGGAUUUCAAAGGUUGGUAGGGCUGGAUGAAGUUCAGCUAAGUCCAGGCUGCAUGCACACACACACAUCCAUGCAGGAGACAUUCUGCAAGGCUACCCAUCACCCAUAGGAGGCGCCGAGAUCCCAGGUGUUCAUACAGCUAAAGGAAAUAGGGGAGAAUCAGUAUGAUGUAGUGGUUAGAGUGCUAGACAAGGGCUCUGUUUUCUUAGGGUGUAACUAGUUGUGUCAGACCAUGGCUCCCCCACUGUAUUUAGACUGGGGAGACCUGGGUUUAAAUCCCACCCAGCUAUUAAGCUGACUUGGUGACUUUAAAGGCAGCCAUUGUCUGGCAGCCUAACCUACUUCACAGGGUUGCUGGAUGAAUGAAACGUACAUCACUCUGGGCAACUUGGAGGAGAUAAAAAUGUCACAAAUAAAGCACAAUAAAUUGAAAACCGCAUCAUUCAGCAGUACAUUUCACAGUGCCUGCUUUAAAGGCAUGGAAAAGAAGUAGGGAGUCACGUGUACUAGUUUGUCACCAGGCCUGAAAAAGAGCCGUUUCAAAUCUGCAUGACAAUUUUAAGUACUUCUUUAGAUGAACAUUCUAAUUUGCAACCUUCUGAAGGAAAAGAAAAAGGGUGGACCAGUUAUUUUAUCUUAAAUGUAGGCUCUUUUUGUCAUGUGAAUGGGCUGUCAGUCUGGUGUCUUAUUGCAGCUCUCUGUGCUCGCAAGGCCCUUUGUCCCAUGUCUGCUUAUUUGGCUUGGCAGCCUGGGGUGGUGGCAGUGCAGGGCCUCCUCUGAACUGGCCUAUCAGCUGCCUGAUUGACUCUAAUGUGCCUCUAGCCCCACCAGCAGCCACCCAGACAGGCGUUAAUUGCAGGAGCUGGAAAAAGCAAUAAUUAAGAGAUAAUGAGAAGGCUUUUGUGUGAGUCUGGCGUCCUGCAUUCCUGUCAGCAAACAUGCUGCUUGGGUGCUGAACCACCCAGUUCCUCCUCUUUUCACACAUAGGACCAGCUCUGCUCACUCCUCUUCAAUGGAGCUGAUGCAACAGGCAGCCCUACAAGCCACUGAGACCCUGGACUCUUGCCAGCAGCACUCCCCAAGCGCCAUUGUGUUGUCAGAGGUGCUGACGGAAGAGAGUUCUGAGGGACAUAAUCCUUUCAAUGCAAUUUGGAGGAGGACAAUGGAGAUUGCUUUGAACCCAUAGCUUUCGCCCACAUCUGCACUGGGUUCUCGUUGGGUUGCCAACUUCUCAACUGACGCUUGCACUGUGCCUUUUUGACAGCCGCUUGAUAUGUGGGGGAGGCAUUAGGAGGUGACGUUUGGAAAUAAACAUUGUUGCUUGCUAAAAUCAGCCCAUCAAGCUGCUGUCAAAAGCAUGGAAGCAAGGGUUUGUAGUACCUCUAGGCGUUUCCACUUCUUACAGCUUAUUUUGUUUCUUUACUGCUGUGCCCCCCAUGUUUAUGAAAUCGUAUCUCCCUUUUAAAUGGGCAGAUGGAGCCUUAGCACAUUGGCUCAGAAGCCCCACUGUGUUCAAUGGAGCUUACUUGCUAGAAAAUACACAUCUCAGAUUGCAUCCAGACUAGGGGGAUGCUCACAUUAGUGGCGUAAAAUGCAGUAAGGUAAUUUGUUGUUCACAUCAGAGAGGGGGAGAUCUCCACCAACAUGCGCAUUCUGUUUUUGGCUUCCCUUCUCUUGCACUGCCCUCCUGGGAACUCCUAUCCAUGAAGCUGUCAUCUGUGCAUAUGUGCUAACAGUGCAUGUAUGAAGGCUGUUCAGAGUCUGUUCACAUUACUGCUUACUCCACAUUCAGUUUUCUAGUUGGAUUGAAGCUGGUUUAAGGGGGAAAAUACAGAAAAGAGCAGUAUUUUUCAAAAAACGGAAGCAACCAAAUGGAUUAUGGCUAAUGUCGUGUGAAUGUGGCUUCAAAAACUAGCUGUGGGUGCCCACUGGAUGCAAAGUAAGCUGUCCUGUGAUCAUACCCUAGAUCUGCCUCACAUCAUUCUAGAAUGAGUCUUGUGGCACCUGAAAAACAAACCAAUUCAUAUGUUUUCAUAGAGUAGAGUCUGCUUCAUCAGAUGUAACAAUUAAAGAUGCCACAAGACUGGUCUUUCCUGCAUUGGACUGACUUGGCCACUACCCCUAUUAAACUCAUUUGAUUACAACUUCUCUUUGUUUACUACUAGGAGAAGGCCUCUCCUUUUGUCUUUGGUCUUGUGGGAUCUAUGUGAGUGUUUAGGAUCGUUGCAUGAGUAUGGGCUCCCAUUUGCACAGAGGCCUACAUGCUCGGACUUCAGUGUACAUAGGAUCUGUACGGAUGAUCUCUACCCUGCAAAAAUGGAGACUAGAUAGCUCAGGCAUGCAGAGCCUACAUUCAUGGGUGUGUGUUUGUGUGUGUACAUAGGUCCUGGUGCUGGUCGGGCAAUGGUGAAGGGGUGGGGCCAGCAAAUAGAAUACAGCUCUUCCCUACCCCAGUACAUUCCUCCACCCUAUGUAGCUUCUGUUAUAAUUUCAUUUAUUUUUUAAUACACAUCUUUGAUGUGUUGCAUCUAAUUGUGGUUAAAGAAUACAAAUGUUAUCAAUAUACCGUAUUUUUUGCACCAUAACACUCACUUUUUUCCUCCUAGAAAGUAAGGGGAAAUGUCUGUGCAUGUUAUGGAGCGAAUGCCUGUGGGUGGCGGUGGGGAUCUGCUGCAGUCGUGAGCAGAGGAUCCAUGGUUCCCCUUCCUUCCCGCCUCCAUGGUUACAAAGCAUGGAUCCACAUGGAUCCUCAGGAUUUUUGCAUUGGGCUACUCCAAACUCACUGUCAGAUCACAUGUCUGUGGCCACAGCAUGAACCACAAAAAUCAUAUAUCCACUAUUUUGUUUAGAAUAUUUUUUUUCUUGUUUUCCUCCUCUAAAAACUACGUGCGUGUUAUGGUCUGGUGCGUGUUAUAGAGCAAAAAAUACCAUACUCUUCACUCUUUGAGGGCCUUGGUUAUUUAGUGUCCUUUCAGUAAAAAAAAAAAAAAAAGUAAAGGACCCCUGACAGUUAAGUACAGUCGCAGAUGACUCUGGGGUUGUGGUGCUCAUCUCGCUUUAUAGGCCGAGGGAGCUGGCAUUUGUCUGCAGACAGUUUUUCCGGGUCAUGUGGCCAGCAUGACUAAGCUGCUUCUGGCACAACAGAACACCAAAACCAGAACAGCGCACGGAAACGCCGUUUACCUUCCCGCCGCAGCGGUACCUAUUUAUCUACUUACACUUUUCUGGCGUGCUUUCAAACUGCUAGGUUGACAGGAGCAGGGACCGAGCAACAGGAGCUCACCCUGUCGUGGUAGCAUACGGUCCUUUCAGUAGCAUACCUCAAAUUCCCAUGUGUAGGUGGAGCUGAGCACAGAGUAUUGCUCUUAUUAAGUAUUUCUUCUGUACCACAUAGUUAAACUCUGGCGCUCACUCCCACAGUAGGCAAUUUCCUCCACUUUCUUGUCCCUUGUGUUAGCAGUGGUAUCCCAGUGCAUUGGUUCCACAAGCAGUAGGUACCACUGGAGCAACAGUGGUAAUAUGGCAGCAUGGGUCCCAUAUGACUGCUUGUCUUGAGGCUCCUCUGAUACAAGGUGAAUUUGGAAGCCAACCUAUCCCUGCACAGCACCCUUAAGUCAAGGGUGCGAUAGGCUUAAAUCAGACAUCUCAUAACCUAUGGCCACCCUGUAUGUUAAACAUCAAUGGGGAUUAGGUGCUCAUACUUUUUGCCUAGAUUAUAAAGUUAAAUUCUUAUUAGCGUCAUUAAGUAUGUCUUAAAAGAAUAAGAUGUGUUGGAUGGAUUUAGCAUAAGAACAGUUAACGAUCCUGUUUCAAAGUCUGUAAUGGAUACCCCAAGAGGAAUUGAUCUAGGUCCCUGGAAGAGAAACUAAUCUUAUGAGCAACACUUGAGUAAAUACAAGUAAAGUUGAAUAGUCUCUCCAAUAACAUCUGUUUCCUAUAAUGUUCACGUUAAUGGAAAUGUAGAAUUGGGAUAUGUCUGCUCUUUCGAGAAUUUGGGGUUUGGUUUUUUUGUUAGAAACAGAAAUGUUAUCCCAUACAUUGAGUUUUUGGGUUAGGGGUAAGAAAAUGAAUGAAAAUCCUUUUAAAAGCAUGUGCAGUUGAAGCAUCACAAUUUUAAUAGCAAACGAAGAGACAAUGUAUUAUUAAAGAGAAUACAAAUGAAAGUGCUUUUUUAUUAGAAAGAGAGAGAAUACUAAUACAAAAUACAUCUUAGCAGCAAUGUACAAUCGAUCGAUACAAACAUGAGAACAGUGAAAUUGAAGAGAACUGGAAAUUGAUUUGGGAAACAUGAGCUUAUAUCCAUGCUAACAGCAUUGUUAAUGUGGGCUCUAUUUGUUCAUUUGUUUUAGCAACAUCUCCCCUUGCUUAGGGUAGGGCACAGGAAGUCAGUGCCCAGCCUCUUCCAAAGGGGAACAUCCAACAAUCUAUGGCUGUUUUCUUCCUGAGAAAGGAUGGGGCUAUUUGGAUGGAUCUCUUCCUUUGAUGUGCAUGGCAUUUUUGCAUUUUCCAUGGGCCUUGGGUUGUGUGAAGGGCAGGUUGGUGAAGGUGUUUUGUGGGCAGCUGUUGAAUCAGAUACAUAAUAGAAGGAACAACCUAGAGGAAGUGAAAGUGUGAGUGGGCUGAUGGAGCGCAUGAGAGCUCCAUUUAAAAACAAGGCAACCAUCCACUUAACCCCAGGCUGCGCUCCAGAAAGCAAUAGAUUAGCUAAAGCAGCUUUGACUUGACUUCCUCUGAUCUUGGGCACAGUCAGGUCAAUGGGGGAAAGAAGCCAAAGCCACGGAUUCCUGGAGACUGUUGUCGCCUUUAUAUCAAAAUAUUUAUUUUAUCACAAUAUUUAUAGACCACCCUUUUAUAUAAAAUAUCACAGCAGUGUGCAAUGAAAUAUUCAAGUAUUAUUAAAACAGUGUCAUAAGAACAAUAGGAAAUAACCAUAGAAACUGACUCAUUUUGGCAAAGUUUAAACACCUGUCGACACAAAAAAGGUCUUCAACAGAAAUUUGAAAAUUAGCAGGAUAGCUUUGCUUUGCUUAUUGUACCUUUCCCUUCCUUGGAGGUAUGGCCCAGUGGCUAAUAGCUGUUGACCUAUCCUGCCUUCAUUUGUCUAAUCCUUUCAAACAGCCAUCUAAAAGCCAUUAUGUUAGAGAUGUGCAUCAUUGCAGGCUUUUUAAAGUGCAUGCUCCAGGGAUGCCUUUUCCUUCAUACUCCACCUUUUCCCUCUUGGCCUGCUCCUGGCUGGGUAUCUCUCUCUCUUUGGGUCAUGCCGCAGCCCUCAGAUAUUAGCUAAGUAGCAUCAGUGGCACUCAGCAGAGCAUUUGCUGGGCGCUGGAAUUAUUAUUUGGGGAAAGACAACAGUGACACCAGGCUGGUUCAGCUCAGCAGCACCAGUUUGUAAUUUGGGCUCCUGUUGUCAGAGGGUGUCUUGCUCUGGGUUGAUAACCUCCCUUUUCGUUCUCAGUUUGAUCAGCUUGAUGCUAGGCUGAUAUCUUUUCGGGAGAGAUGGAAGCAGCCCAAGUGUAUGCAUGUUAUGUGGCAUGAAUGGAAUCUGACUUGGCCUCAAGGAACUGGGGAAGUUAAUAGGCUGUUUGGCCUCUCAACUUUCAGCUCCCGAUAGCGUAGACAAAUCACACCAUUGUGUUUUGCUGCAGCAUCAGCUGCUGCUGUUUUCUUAUUGAAUGACGUGCUUCCCUUCCAAAAAGGGGGAAAAACAGACCUAACCUUUGCUUCUCUAAAGAGAAUAGGACUGAUUAGGAGUGCAAUGUUUGUGGGGCAUUGAACAACAUUGCCUGCUGCAUUGGUGCUUCUUCUAGAUAAUGAUUCUGGCUUCACAAUCUGUCGUAGCUAAUAAAGCCUGCCAGAGGGGAUAGUACUGGGUAGGUUUCUAAUUUGCCCAUACUGGAACAGCAUUUCUUCUCUGCCAAGGAGUCCCUUGGCUUUGAUGCUGAGGUGCACUGCAACCAUUAGGAAAAACUUUCUCAUGGUGAGAGCUGUUUGACAGUGGGCAGAUCCACACCACACAAUGCUUGUUUAAACCCCACAGCAACCCUGUCAAAUUGAGACAGUUGAGAGGCAGACUGGCCCAUGGUCACCCAGUCAACUUCAUGGCCAAGUGGGGAUUUGAACUCUGGUUUCCCAAGUAUCAGCCCAGCAUUCUAACCACUACACCACACUGACUCUGGGUCCAAACUUUGUAAAUUGCUCUGGGUUGUUGUUGCUGUUUUAAUGGAACAGCAGUUUGUGCAAGUUUUAAUAAUAACCAAUGUAUAUUCCAAAGGCAGCAGCUAGUGGCCUGGAGAAGCUUUCCACGGAUGAAGAUUGGGAGGCAAGUGAUGAAAUAAUACCGAGGAAAGCUCUGCAGGUCAUGGAAAACUGCCUGUGGGGCAGGUUAUUGGCCAAGGGCAAUGUGCAAGCUGAGAGCUGCGCCUGGUUGCAGCUGGCACAUCAGACAUGAUGGGAUGAUGAUGGGGCUAUUGUUGCCACUCAGUGCAGCUGGCAAACAUCCCUGCACACCACACCUCCAUAACAGGCAAGCUCCCUGCUGUUGAAUUGGGUUAGCAUUAUGGUGCUCAUGGCACCUCAGCUAUGGUCACCAGCUGUCUGAGUAUCUGGCCCACACUAGCUUCAGGGUUUUCUGCUAUUGCCUGUCACUGCAUUUCAGUUCCCUCUGUGAUAUUUAGUUCUAGUUUUUGCAAGGCAGAAGGCCAGCAAGCCUCCUGCUACACUCAGCAUCCCUGCUUGUUUUCUGAAUGUCUCUGGAAGGGAUCUCUAAUAUUCUCUAUGUUGGCCCUAUCAAAUAAAGGUUCAUUUGCCGCUUGUAAAGACAAAGGUGUUUUUAUCACGGUACUUGAUCACAGGCAAUUUGUUUAUUAUUAUUUUUUAGAGCAUUUGUACUCAGCUUUUCUGCCAAGAUGCCUCCCAGGGAGGCUUACAUAUAGUCAAUGAAAACAAGACAGUCCCUACCUGCAGAUUUGCAGUAUCAAAAACAACAUACAAGGGGAAGGGAGGGAAGAGGAAAAUCAAAACUCAGACACCAAACAGUUUCUAAACAGUUGUUCCUACAAUGAUCAGCUGGCAAAGUUCAGGGGCAGGAGAUGCCUGAUGGAGCUCGGCCUCCAACAAAGCUGAUGAAAUGAGUCCUGUUUCCUGUCUGUGCUACUGAGGGAGCCUGAUGGAUUGGCUGUCCCUAGAUGACAGUUGAGGGGAGAAGAGGCCUGAUAGAGGCAGCCUGUUUGACUGAGAAUAUGGUCCUUCAUAUUGAAUGUUAUCCUGUGGGAGCUUGAGGUUUGUAGGGGAAUCAAGAAAAGUCAAAGGUCAAAGUAGAGGACAUAUAAGAACAGGACCUGGGACAGCUCCAAGGGUGCCUUGCUGCCUGCUUCUCCUUCUGAGGUAACAACAGGCAACUAGAGUCAACAGCAGCAGCAUUAUUAUGUAGGCCGACCAGAUCUGGACUGUGGUAGGGUCUACCUCCUUGAAGGAGCUGGCUGGCUAAAGGAUCCCCACUUUAUUUUGUAGUCAUUGGCUUCUGUAUGGGUGAGGAGAUAGAGGCACAGUAGGGGAGUCAGAUGGUUGUGGAGAGGCCAGAGGGGUCCCAAACAAUGUACUAGCCAUUCUCCCCCAUCCCCAAGGAAGUAGGACCUCAGCCUUAACAGAGACCUCUGUCAUGGAUGCCAAGAUCCCCAGAUCAUGGAUCAUAACACCAAUAGUCUAUUUUUAAUAUAACGUUCCUAAAUUUUAUGUGAAGCAAUGCUUCAUCAGAAUCAGAGCUGUGUAUCUUUUCUUAAUUGAUUUCAGGAAGCAGUGGAGCUGUUGUGCCUUGUAAGGUCUUAGGAUCCCCAUCCAUCUUUGAGGACCAAGUCUUGAUAUAACUUACCAUGAGAACUUACUGUGUGACCUGUUUGGGUAGCUAAGUUCCUUUGACACCUGAGAGUCCUUUCUUUUUAAUAAUGUCUGAAUUAGUUGUCUUCCUAUGGACAUCCACUAUAUAGAAAACUGAGAAAACAAGGGAGACUGCACUGAAUAGGUUUUCCACUGGAUCGAGUUUCAGUCAGGGUGAGCUCUUCUAUAGCAAAUCACUGCUUUUGUCUGUACCCUUCAUCAUAAUAACAAUCCCAGAAUGUCUUACAGUUUAAAUUAUUUUUUUUCUUACAAAGCUAGGCAGGGCUAUUGGCCUUUCUUUAUAGAUAGUGAAACUGAUGCAUACAGAUACACUAAAUUAUGAGUAUUAUUUAAGUCGGAAUCCAGGCAAAUGGCUUAGUCACACUUCCACUUAUCCUGUGCCUGGAAAGCAUGUGUCCAAGGGUUUUUCUGCUUGACCCACACAUUCUAGGCACAGAUCCAAGUGGUUUUCCCCUCACCCCUCUCCCUUCCCAGAGAAAACCCACUCUUUAUAGCUAAUUCGGAGCAAAUGUCAAUCCAGAGAAAACCCUGUGGGAAAGCAAUGGGACAAGAAGAAGUGUGGAUGAGGCCAAACUAUGCUUAGUCUUAACCAUGGUUUACUGAAACAAGGCAGUGUCAAAUCUUGGCUCAUGAAGUGGGCUUGUUUCAAUGAAACAUGGUUAAGAUGAAUCACAGUUUAGGGUUCAGUCAUAAUGCUAAAUUACAGUCAAUUGAAAAUGGAAGUUUUUGAUUUCAUCCUUAUGGCUGUACUGUUGGGGGACAGGAGGAUGUGCAUCUGAAUAUAGUUGAUGAGUCUGUGACAGAGCAGAGAGGUAGAUGUCACUGUUUUUAACCUUUGAUACAAGCACCUGUUGAAUGUCAUACUAGCUUAAUAUUGCUUCUCAAUUGCUAAUCAUUGCAAGAGCAACUUUAUUAUCGUAAACUGGGGGUUGUGUUUAUCUUCCAAAUCAUUUAAUGUGCUGACCUUUAAUUGAACAUAAUUGAAAUUACAACUGUGGUCACUCUCUGCUUGUUUUCCAUCUCAUUGCUGGGAACUGCAAGAGCAGUGUGCAAAUUGAAGGACCUCUGGGCCUCAGCACUCAGUAGGAAUCUGAGUGAUGAGCUCCUGCAGGGUUAGAGGGAAUUUAUUUUGCUGUGGAUGUCAGUGCUGGCAUUUUUGUCCUGUUUUCAUCAAAAUCCCUUGCCCUCCUCCCUGUAGCUGAGAUCUGUUAUCAGGCAUGACCUUGUCACAUUGGUUAGAAGACAAAGGCUUUGUUAAGGUCUAACAGUUGCAUUUAUCUCGGGCACAUUUCUCAGCUCCUCGUUGUCGUGAACGCACAAACCUUCCAGCCUUGUGAAGCAGCACAAAGCUACAGUAAUGCCUGUGCACUGUCUUAUUCCUAUUGCUAUCAAAUUGUCAUUCAGAAAGGGAGUGGCUGAACCCAAAAUAUUCUCAUUUCAGUCUUCUGACAUUCUCGCUCAGAGGUCUACCUGGAUUUUUUUUAGUUUCAGGUUACUUGGGCUUGUUUAUAGAGUGGAAACAAUGCAUUUGGAAUCCCCCAUUGUUCCAUUUCUUUAUGCUACAGAUUGCUGUGAAUCUCCAGUCAUGGUGGCAACAUACUGCAUCCAGGUUCAGAGGCAGCUUGCCUUGGAACAUCAGUUGCUGGGAAACAGCAGUGGGAGAGUGGGCUAUAGCCCUCAUUUCCUGCUUAUGGGCUUCUCAUCAAUGUCCUGUUGGGCACUGUGGAAAAUGGGAUGCUGAACUUGAUUCACCUUCUGUUUGACCCAGCAGGGCUUUUCUUACACUCUUAAUCUUGAUGCAAUCAGACAUAGAAUCUUAUCCAGAUUGCUCUUUCCUUCUUUCCUUCCCCCCCUCCCCAAACAGCCCCGUCAGUGUUUCAGGGCACAUGUGCAUUAGAAGUGGAAAAGAUGUAAAUGAAUUUACAGAACUGAAAGCUCCUGAAGACUCUGCAUGCUCCAGUUUUGGAAUUAAUUUUAGAAAUUGUCCUGGUUUAGACAUAACACAGGAGGAGUGGAGCGGAGGACAGAGCAAACCCACAUAACAAUAAUGCAUGGGUGUGGAACCAGUGGCCUGGAGGUCAAAUGUGGCUCCCCAAGCCUCUCUGCCCCUCAGAAUUCAAUAGAGGCUACACCCCUUCUCCUCUGUCCACACCUAUCACUGGCUCUUCUUUACAUCCCAGCCAUUUUUGCCUGGCUGGAACAUGUCCUCUGAUAAUGCCUUUUGCUUGCCUGGAUGGAGGAUAAAGAGGGAUGCAUGAAUGUUUGUAGGAACGAGCCAACUGUACAAAGGUGAAAUUUGUAUUUGUUUCUCUGCCUACUUUUGCCUCUGGCUCCAGCCACCCAGAAGGGUGAACCCCAACAGACAUGACCAUCAAGUAAUAUAAGUUGAUGAUUAGUUCUAAAACACACCUCAGAAUGCUCUGCCAUGUUCAGGGAUUCCUUGGGAACCAAACUGAGGUGGAAAAGGUUCCCGGAAGGCGGAAAAUGUGUGUGUGUGUGGAAUCUAAUCAUUGCAUUUAUUCAUUAAACUACUUUGCCUUGCAUCAUAGCUGAUGUUAAAUCACUCAACAAUAGUAUAAAGUGCAACAUGCUAUAAUAAUAGUUUGUGGGUUCAGGAGACGAGUUGCUGGAGAGGGAAAAGGUAUAGCUACCUGAGCUUAUUUGAAUCUUGUGUGUUGUAACAUGCCAAAGAUCUUCUCUCCAUCCAAACGUGUUUGUUGCUCAAAUGCUGAGUACUUCUCUAAAUCUACUAUAGAGUGAUGGGUGCUGAAGGUUCUUAUUUAAUGCUGAAAAUUUUAUACAUAUUUUGGACCGUUUUAAAAAUAAAGGUCCAAGUAAAGGAAAUAAAAGUGUUUGGGCUUUUCAGGGGUGAUGAUAUAGCUGGCCUUUCUUCCAUCAUGCAGCCCAAGGGAGCAUGCAUGGGUGGUUCCCCCAUCCAAGCACUGAUCAGACCCAGACCUACUUAGCUUUAGCAAGGUGAUGGCUUCAUAUGCCUUUUUGACCAAACAGUGGCCUGUGAUCUUGAGCUUUGUUAAAGUGGUCCAUGGUAUCACAUUAAAAAACCAUAUUGAUUUUUAAUUGCAUGCUUAUUUCUUCUUUUAUUCCUUACAAUGUAUUUUAUCAUAUUGCAAUUUGAAUUCUAUGGAAAUGCAAAGGAAAGAAAAAAGAAAGAAAGAAAGAAAGAAAGAAAGAAAGAAGCAAUAAUAAUACAAUUUAAAAGCACCCAGUACACCCAGCACAGUGCAUGAGGCAGAAAGUCAUUGAGUGGUUCACCAAGAUUACCAGUGAUUUACAGGCGGUCCAUGGGAGGUAGGGAAGGUUUGGGAACCACUCUUUUAGACCAUCCUCCAGGACAGACCCCUACCCCCAGGGAGACCUUGAUUCAACUGCUUCCUUGGCUAUGAAGCUCUCAGGGUGAUCAUGGGCCAGUCACUAUGCCUCAGACUAACCUACCUCACAGGGUUAUUAUGGGUUAUUAAAGCACACGGGAGUGCACCACUUUGACUUCCUCGGAGGAAAGGUGGCAUCUAAAAAUCCAGAUUAAAUAGACAAGGUUGCAGCUAUUUGGGCAACAUUUCAGUUUCAACUGAAUGGAAAAGGUAGGCUUACAGGUGAGGUUAAAGGAAUAGAGAGAACACCCGCCCUUGGUGUUCCAAGGAGAUGGAACAGGCAAAAAGAGAAAGGGCAGUCUUUUAAGAGAGAGCUCUAAAUGCCUGGAGUAAUCUCUACCUUACCUAAAGCAUUUUUCAGCUUGAUCAAUAUUGUAAGGUAGCUUGGUUAAUAUUGUUUUGAAUAGAGUUGUAGAGCAGUGUCUUGGUUCUAAAUCUGUUGAGUGUGAAGAUGCAUCUUCUCUGGUUUUCCAUGGUUCAGGAGGUGACCUGAAGCAUGUGGUAAAGGAUGCACACUGCUCGCCAUUGCACUGUAACUUCUUCCAUUGGUAAAGCAGGCUGCAAGUCCAAUACAGUUUUAUCUUCCUGAGCUGAAGCUAAAUCAAACCUGAUGAGCUGCUAAAAGGACAUCCCGUACAUACAUGGACAUCCUGUAAAUCUUCCCAUUGGAAUUAAAACCCUUUCCCAGUCACCUUCAGGUGUGUUUUGUGGCAGCUGUAAUGAUGAGAUGCACUAUUUUUAAAAAAAAUAAAAGAUGCAAUUCCUAAUCCAAAAAAAUUCUAUCAAAUGUUUUUUUAAAAAAAUUCAUAGAGAUGAAAAGUCAUAGCUAAGGGCCCCCCAUUUGCUGCACAACAACCCAACCACACACAGACACAGAUGUAUUUCUCAUAUAGUAACCCCGGAAAAAGAGCAGAGACUCAGGUGCAAUUUGGCUGUGAGUACUGAGUACCAGCCCUGUACCAAAGAGCGAUCAUUUUGCCUGUAGUCCAGUCAUGACCUGAGUUGAAGUAUGUGGAUUACCAAGACCACCUGUUUGGGAAAUGGUCCCUAACAAAUCUCUCCCUAUAUUUUUGGUCUUCUUUCAAAGCUGGCUUGUGGCUCUGAUGUUGCACCACAGCUGGGUGGGGGGAUGGGUUUGGUUCACUGUGAAGUCUGCUUGAUAAUGAUUCAGACGGGCACCUUUCCAGCCCCUGUGGUCUCACUGUCAGGCUUGCAGACAGGUAGCAGGGGAGAGGAAGGCAUGAUGUGCCCCAAACUACCAAUUAGUUCAAUGUAAGUGCAGGCUCAGUGAGGAUUGUCAGUGGUUCAGUGGGGUGCUGCUGGCCUUCAUUCCUACUGACAGCCUGUCCUGUUUGAUUUGUCACCUUGAUGCUCCCUGCAGGUGAGUUGUCCCUGCUUUUUUUCUUUUUGGUCCUCUUUGCUGAGGUGAGCCACCUUCAUGCAACAAUGGACUUUCCAGUAGGGCCUGAUCUGUGUUUUGAGAUCUGGCUUCCAGCCCAUGUCAAAUCACAGCAUCCAAAUGUAUAUAUCCAUAUAUCUUCAGAAUCACCCAUUCUCUUUUACUGCAGCCUUAGGCAACCUGGUGCUUUCCAAUUGGCUGGGACUGAUGGGACUUGUGGUCCAAAACAGUUGGAAAGCACUAGGUUGGCUGAGGCUGUUUUACUGGUUCAUAGGAAUUUUAACUCUUGGCCUGCGAUAGGAAAUUCUUAGUGCCGAGCUGUUUAUAGAGCAAGGUACAGUGGUUCACUCAUUGCAGAAUUCUACAGGAUUUGCCACCCCCACCCCCCAGUGAUCUGGCUCAGACUAUUGGGUGGAGUAAGAGGCAAGGGAAGAAGGGUGCAAGUGCUUGGCUUGUAUUCAGUUCACGACACACCUUUGUCUGUUUGGGCCCCUCUGUUCUUAUCUGCAAGAGAGAGGAGGCAGCUCAGAAGAAUAUUAACCUGUCAGGCAACUAUGCUGUAGUGUAGAAGAUGAAGUGCUUCUAAAUUGUCAUAUUAGAUGCAGCGAUUUGACCUAAAGAGUGAAUCUUGUUGAGUUUGGGAGGGGGAAGAAUGAUCGUUCAACUAUGUUUUGGGUUGUACAUCUGCAGCCUUGCUUUGUAGGUGUGCUUCUGUCAACACUGUGGCAUUUGUCUUUUAUUAGUUGGCUUAAACAAGUGCAGGAAACAAAGCACACAAAACAUAAGUUGGCACGCCUAAUGAUCCUGAAGAUGAUGCAACAUACUGGCAAGUGUGUGUUUGUUUGUUUGUGUGUGUGUGUGUGUGUGUGUAAAGAAUCCAUGCCCACGUCCAGCUCUCUUGCAUGUGGCAAUCAAGAUGUGCUUGGUGUGGGAGGGACUAGCCCGCAUCGACUUGCUUCUUAUUUUAUUGCAAUGGUUAUUGUAGCAUAUAAGCAAGAGGGAGAGGGGUGGGGAGAUGUGAUGGGAAGCUUAUAAAGCCACUAGCGAGGCGGUGAGAACAAAUGAGGAGUAUUAUUCAUUCUCAAACUGUGAACAUUUGAGGUCGAGCCCCUGCAAUUGAUUAGCCAGCAGGUUUCAACAACCCCAAAGAAAAAGUCGUCAUACGGUGCAUAAUUAAUCUGCUGUACUUCUGUUUCCAGAGUCAUGUGGUGUUAGUCAGAAGCAUAGCUGGCUUUUAGAAGAAUUAGGACACAAAGUUUUUCAGACACUACUGGCAGAAGCAGAGUUCAUGGGCAAAGCACCCCUGACUGAUGGAUGCGAGGAACAAAUGGCUGAUGGACAUUGCCAACAGCUUGGGAACUUCCUUGUGUCAUAUCCAGCUGGCAGCUUAGGUGGAAUGUUGUGAAUUGGAUGAUUUAGUUGCUCCAUGGAGUAAUAAUGUGCUGAGUGAAAUUGCAUGUGAGAGCCAGUGUAGUGAGGUGGAUAGAGUGCUGGACUUAGACCAUGGAGACCCUGAUUCAAAUCCCUGCUCAGUUAUUAAGCCCUCUGGCCUCACUUACCUUCUAUGUCUGCUGCAGGGAUAGCCUCAUGUAUUCCAGAUAGCAUGAAAAGCAUCCGGGUGGAAAUGGGUGGUGGUUGCUUUUGAGCGAAAUAUUGUGACAAUGAAGUGGGUGUGGGUGUCACCGCAAUGCUUAGGCCACUAAGGACGGAAAUUCCAUUGGACUUAGUAAAACUUUGGGUUGUAUUCAACACAGCACUAAGGUGAACGUUACAUCAGAGCAAGGAUGUCUCCUUGCACCAUGGAAUGUUCUUCCCCUUCCUCACCCUAAAUCUGUUCUUUCCACGCAAACCUCUGGAACAGAUUUCGGUUGGGCACGGAGUGCGCAUGCGCAGAGCAGAGGGGAGAAAUCCCUUUGUGCUAGCACAAAGCGCUAGUGUAAAAUGUUAGUGGAAUGGGUUGAAAAGGGCUCCCCACUCCUGAGUAGAGGGGCAACUACUCGGUUGUUUGUCUCAAGCAACUUGCCCAAAGGUUUGAACCAUAAGCAGGGAUGCUCCAAUAUCGCAGAUCAUUAGGAAGCUGCACAGCAUAGUCCUGCUGACUGGGGCUGAUGGGACUUGUUGUCCAAAAUAUCUGGAGGAGCCCUGGUUGGUCAAAGGCUCUUUUAAAGCAUGAAGUCAUAAUAAGGAGCAGGUAGGUGGCCUAGUAUGUUGUUACACAUGUCUGUCACCUCUGGUGAUCUAGCUUCCUGGGCUGUUCCCAGGGUCACAGGUAAAGUGAGCACAAUUAGCAAGGCAUUCAAAAGGUACAAAGGGCUGGGAGAGCAAUGGGUGCUACAGAUGAGGGGGAUGAAGGAUCAGGGAAGUUGCAUGCAUGGACUGGUAUGGAAAUCCUGAGGAUGUAAUUCAGCCUGGUCCAGCUUGGAAAAAAUCCAUCCCACUUCAUUUCUUUUCUUCACUACUGAACACGGGCUGUGAGACAGGACAGAUGAUGCCAGUUGAGUUGAGACUCCUAAGUCCUGAUCUGCACAUGCGUGCAGCAUCACUUGAUUUUUCAGCACUUCGGCGAUCACAGCAGGAGGAGUUCAUUGUAGCACAAAGCAGAGCGCUCCAUCAGUGCAAUCAUUUCUGCUUGCCUGAUGGAAUGGUUUUCCUGGUCCUCCUUUUGCAAGCUGUCCUGAUGGUUCUCCUGACCCACUGAGCCAAUUUUAGGGGGUGCAGGGUGCGAGCAUGGGGAGGGGAAGCUUAUUGUGAUAGUGGAAAUCCUUGCAUGUUAUCCCUUAGCAGGUCAUGUUAGUUGAAUCCUAUCUAGUGGGCACCACAGUUCAAGAAGGACACUGACAAACUGGAACGUGUCCAGAGGAGGGCAACCAAAAUGGUCAAAGGCCUGCAAACGAUGCCUUAUGAGGAACGGCUAAGGGAGCUGGGCAUGUUUAGCCUGGAGAAGAGGAGGUUAAGGGGUGAUAUGAUAGCCAUGUUCAAAUAUAUAAAAGGAUGUCACAUAGAGGAGGGAGAAAGGUUGUUUUCUGCUGCUCCAGAGAAGCGGACACGGAGCAAUGGAUCCAAACUACAAGAAAGAAGAUUCCACCUAAACAUUAGGAAGAACUUCCUGACAGUAAGAGCUGUUUGACAGUGGAAUUUGCUGCCAAGGAGUGUGGUGGAGUCUCCUUCUUUGGAGGUCUUUAAGCAGAGGCUUGACAACCAUAUGUCAGGAGUGCUCUGAUGGUGUUUCCUGCUUGGCAGGGGGUUGGACUCGAUGGCCCUUGUGGUCUCUUCCAACUCUAUGAUUCUAUGAUUCUAGUAUGUUUGAUUAUGAAGGGCAACUGAAUGCAUGAACCAGAUAUGAUGUGAAGAAACCCAAAAAGUUCUUUGUGUAGUGCUAAUUUCUGGGAGGGGUCAUUAAUACACACUAGUCAUCAAUUUAUAUUGCAGUGGUCUAGUGUUGAGCAUGCAUGUGUGAACCAGUCCUUAACAAGAGGCAGCGGAAUGUAUGAACUGACUCCAUUGAAAAACCGUUUGCUUUUUGAAGUGAUGUGAAGAGAUGUGAAAGAUCUAUGUCUGGUGCUGCUUUUCUUGUGACCCACUCACACAUCACUUGAUAUUGCAGUCACCAAACAGGGCUUGUUCAAACUCCUCUUCACUAAGUUCCAAUUGCAUUGUAUUGGAAGUUGACUGUGUUAACUUUGUUGACAACCAACAAAAACCAAAACAAACGUGCAUAUCACACAGGGAUGGAAUGAAUAAACUGUUUCCCUAGAUAUUGUUGGACUCUUAACUCCCAUCAGUCUCAGUCAGCAUGGCAGGAAUGAUUGGAGCUGCAGUCCAGUGUCUGGAGGGGGCUGGAAAAAUACCAGUGGCACAUUACAGCCCACAUGCAUUCCAAAAAGAGAGCUCAAAGCACGACCACAGAGUUAUUGUGAGAACCUUUUUGAUAUAUGCCCAAAGUGAUAAGAAAGGAGAAUGGUAUAGUUUAGCUUUCUCUCUGAAGCACUCUAGGGUUCAGACUUCCGGGGUGGCGCCAUCGGCAAUGGCGGACUCCCUCUGAACUGGAGGGACUAGCUCCGCGUGAAACGGGUCUUUUCUGCUACGGCGAAGCGAGGACCCUUUUAAAAAUCACAGGCGGAUGAAGCCGGUGACCAUGGGACUCGGCGGGCACCCUUAGGGCCCCCCCAACCCGCAAAGGAACCCACUCCGAAGCGAAGAGGGGGAAGCGGCGCGAUGCUGUGAGUCAACUGCUAUUUCUGUGGAGCGAAGCCGCAUAGCCGUUGCCGGAGAGCGCUGCCUUUUUCCUGGGACAAUUUGGCUUCUAAAAUAAGCACCCGUGAGUACUUAAACUUUGAACAAUUGGACUUUAAAUAAGGACUUGCGAGCAGAAAGGAAUUGGACUUAAAAAAUUACUUCAGUUUGGUACUGAAACGGGAAGGUCUAAACAGGAAGUCAGCCUUCCGUUUCUUUGUAGACAGAAUAAAGCAAAGACAACAUAAACUAGAGCUCAGAAAAUCGCUUCUAAAGGUUUGGCUUUCAUCAUUUAAAAUCCUUGAACCCCCCUUCGGCAGCAGGAGAAGAAGGGGGAUCUUUUUUGGACUGUUUAAACCUGCAGAAGUGAGUUUAAAGUAAAGUAACUUUCCACCGUCCUGAUCCUGGAGCGGGGUGUCAGGACUCAUUGACCAGAAGCUCAUUGACCAGAGACAAACAUUUUUGACAGAUAGCUAAAAGAAGAGAAACAUAGUGAUUCCACUGUUUCCUUUCGCAUUUUAAAGGAACAAAUAUUGAAAAAAUAUCUCAAAAAAGAAACUUUGUUGCAAGAACACUUAGAAGUUUUCCCCCUAGAGGGAGACUGGGAAACUGUAACUAAUUCCAGGGAGCUUGCAGCUGUCACAGAUUACAAUCGUGGGAAAAGGCUUGUGACCUUGUAGGACAAUGUAUUCAGAAGCUCUGUUGUGUGCUCUCUGUAAAACAAAUGCUCUACUGGAACAGUUAACUGAGAAGACGGAUUUGAUGACUAAUGCGGUCAGAAUUUUUGAACAGGCAGUGGGAAACUAUAUGGAGCCCACCCAGGAAUUAAAUCAGGAGUGUGCCCUGACAGAACAGAUGAGAGAAGAGGAUGUUGCGGAAUCUUGGGCGCCAGAGAUGGAGAGAGCUGCGGCCCAGCAGGAACAUGAGAUUUUGGAUUUGACAAAUGAACUUGGAAAAAGCCAGAUUAGGAAAGAUAAAGUUUGGACUGGUUUGGAAAUGGGGGGUUGGAUAGACCCCCCUAUGCAGGGAUGUUUGGACUUUCCGUGUCUGGCAAUGGGCCGUGAGAUGUUUGGAGCUGUGGGGGCUCUCAGUUUUGGAGGGAUUCUGAAACAUGUUUUUAAAUACCACAUGGAGUUUAGUCUGGACUAUGGAAAAGGGGCUGAUUUGUUGAAAAGGGUCAAAAACAUUACCAAGCUGGAGUUCCCACGAGUGAAAGGUGAAUAUGAAGAAGAGCUGCGGAAGGGACAUGGAAGAGAUUUAAGGGUUAUGAGAAGUGGGUAAAAAUAAGAUUUAAGUUUUAAGUUUUAAGGUUUUUUAUAAGAUAAGAUGAAAAUAGAUUAAGGUAAUGUAAUGACAGAAUAUUAUGAAAUAUGGAAAGGAUUUGCUGCGAUAAUUAUUAACUGGGAUACAAAAAAGGGAGGAGGAGGAGGUCAAAGAAAGAAGGUAAUGAAAGUUGAAGAUUUGAGAAUGAUGGUUUUAUUUUUAUCUGUUUGUGGUGUAUUUUUGUUUUUUGAAUUUGUAUUGUUGGAUGUGGUUUUUUUUUCUUUCUCUUUUUUGUUUUUCUCUUUUUCCUUUCUCUGCUUUGUCUUUUUCUGUAAUUUUUUUUAAAAAAAAUUCAAUAAAUAUCAUUAAAAAAAAAGAAGAAGAAGCACUCUAGGGUUGAUGCCCUUAUUUUCGUGCCAGGAUUGUGCCCAUCUUGUAUUGCGUGUAUCUCUAUUCCUCCCUUUCAGAUUGAAAGGAAUCAGCAGAACUAAGCCACUCAAUAAUGGGUGUACACACUCACAGCUUUGUAAUAUCAGAAUAGUCAGUCAUGAGUUUGAGGCAUGUGAACUGCAGCAAAGGUCAUGUGGAAUCUUGCAAGACGCGUGCCUCAUUCUUUCCUCUGACUGUUCUGGUGCUAUAAAGGCGCACCUCUGCGGCCCUUACCUGGCUGCAAAACCAAGAUUGGAGGGGGAGGGGGAAAGUAAACUAAGAAGUGAUCUGAAAAAAGAAUGCCAGGGGGAGGGAUGAUAUUUUGGCCCUCUGGUGUUGCUCAUCUCAGAUCUAUCACUCACUCCCGGAAGCACAAAAAUAUCUGCCUGGUCUCUUUAAAACUGGGACAGAAGCCCAGCUUACAGUAACCGGUUCAUUCUAGUUUGUGCCUUAAUAUUACAUAGCCUGAAGUCAAAUUACUACAGAGGAGAGAGUAGACAGAACUCAACCUACACUUCGCAGGGGCCAAAGCGCCUUAUGUCACCUUUGUGCAAGGCUUGUCUUGGCUUCACGAGGAUCUGUCAGAUUUUUUAGCAUAAUAUUUCCUUUCUUGUGAGAUAAUGACCUGAUUCUUGGUCAAGGUAACCUAGCCUCCCGUUGCCUUGACUAAUCCAGGAAAGGGUGGAAGCUGAGUCAGCCAUACCUCAGCACUUAAUUGGCACAACUUAAUUAGCAGUGGUUUCCCCACUUCCUUUGUAUGGUUUAAGAGCCUUGUUUUUGUAUGCAUGCAUGCUGAGCUCAGCGUGAUCACAGGAUGGGUCCUCCAAGGAAUGUGGCAGGACGGCUGCCAUUCAGAUUAGGGGUACCGCAGAAGCUUGCGUGGUUCAGAAUUUCUACUGAGAUAUUUUUUAAUUUCACAGCCAUUUUAAGCAAGAAGUGAGCAUUCAGUUCACAAAUUCAGCCAUGUGCAGCAGGUUUGGUGAACUGACACUUGCCAAUGAGACUAAGUUCCACCUCUUUACAUUCAGACACAGGAGAGCUUGUUGAGUAGGUAGCAGAAAUACAAUACCAACUAGUAGGGCAAACCCCUUCAAACUCCCCAGGAGUUACACUUACACAGGAAGGCAUAGCUGCUAUACCAGUCCUACUUUUCUGCUGGGCAGGUUCUUCUGAAACUAGGAAGAACCACUACUUCCCCUCACUCCUGGUCCCAGCUGUUCAUUAGGGUCAAAGGCAUUGUGCUUCUGGUGAUGGGAGGGAAGGAGGGAACAGGUGAGGGGCCUCUGGGCUGAGCAGUGGUCUUCCAGAUGUAUGUGAAAACAGGGCCAUUUUGGAGACCGAAACCAAGACCUGAAGUCAAUGUGAUCCCAACAAACAGCACUGGGAUCUAAAAGCAGAUAAAUUGCAGUGUCUGCCAGGUUGCAUCCAUGACCCUCUAAGUUCUGUCCUGGCUCCCCGCAAAAUCUGACUAAGACUAAUUUGGCAAGGUAAAUUGCAGGUCUGUGGGGACAUCAGUGCUUCCAUUUGCUGUUGUUCAUCUCUUUCCUGAAACCAGCACAGAAAUCUAGCAGGAGGGAGUGGGGCUAGUAGGAGACGCCUUGUGGGGCUGCACUGGGAAGCCUCCAACUAGGGUUCUAUCAAGUCCAGGGGCCAGAAAUUCUCCACCUCUGUUCUAAAGGGCCAAUAUGCCCAUACCAGUGUGGGCAUAGUGGCACAGAGCCAGUGUGGUGUAGUGGUUAAGAGCGAUAGACUCUUAAUCUUGGGAACCGGGUUCGCGUCUCCGCUCCUCCACAUGCAGCUGCUGGGUGACCUUGGGCCAGUCACACUUCUUUGAAGUCUCUCAGCUUCAGUCACCUCACAGAGUGUUUGUUGUUGGGGAGGAAGGGAAAGGAGAAUGUUAGCCACUUUGAGACUCCUUUGGGUAGUGAUAAAGCGGGAUAUCAAAUCCAAACUCUUCUACUUCUUUUUCAGCAUUUUGCUCACUCAGUUCUUACAUCACCAAGUUUUUACAUCUUCCUUAUUUCUUUAUAAACACUCUAUUCUCACAUUCCACUCUUUUUGAUCAAGUGGAUCCCAGAGCAGUCUUACUUGUCAAAUUUUCCACUCUGUUCAUUCAUCAGGAUUUUAAGCAUGGAUUCCUAAUCUUUAAACUAAGAAUCAGGAUAGCUGGGGGGGGGGGGAAGGAUGGCAUAGGCAGAUUUCCACUGGGUAUGCAGAGUUUCCACAUACCACUGUUACCUACAGGGACAACAGAGGCAAAACACACACAGAGAGAAGGAGAGACAAAUUCCAGUCUGCAGAUUAGAGCUGUGGCUCCCCCAAAUGGUAAAGAUGGGCCUUAUGCUCCCUAAGCCUAAUUGUGAGUCUCCUCUCCUCUCCUCUCCUCCUACUUUGCACCCGGAUGGCUUUACAGGAGCUCUGUGCUCCUGAGCUAUAAGCUUAGCCUAAUUCUAUAAUUGUGUAAUUCCUCUGCAUGACAUUGCACUAUGGGACACCCUUGCUGUGGAGGUGGCAGACCUGCAGGCGGAUAAGCAGCUGAUGGACUUGACCUGACAGUUCGGCACAGCUAAUGUGAACUCGGGUCACAGAAAAGACCCCCAGCAUCCCUUGGCCAGGACUGCACAGCUGAGCAUUAAGGCUGAGGCUCCCCUGGGGGAGGGCGCUCCCUGGAGAGGCUGGCAUGCUCCCGACUCUUGCCACCAGGGACAGAUACAGCAUGGAGAAGCUUCACACGCAUCCCGUGUGCUUGCAUCUUAAACCACAGGGUCCUCCUGUGCUUCAGGAGCUAGUUAUUUGGUGGAGAUCUUCACAGACAGUGGUACCUCGGGUUACAGACGCUUCAGGUUACAGACGCUUCAGGUUACAGGCUCCGCUAACCCAGAAAUAGUACCUCGGGUUAGUAUCUUUGCUUCAGGAUGAGAACAGAAAUUGUGUGGCGGCAGUACGGCAGCAUCGGGAGGCCCCAUUAACUAAAGUGGUACCUCAGGUUAAGAACAGUUUCAGGUUAAGAACGGACCUCCGGAACAAAUUAAGUUCUUAACCAGAGGUACCACUGUAUUUUCUUCUCUGAGAAUUGCCUCAGAGGAAAGGGACCCAAGUGGUACGCCUGUGUAGUUGCCAGCGUUUCAGAAAUCUAAAUACUGUUGAUUGCAAGGCUCUUUCCCCCUCCAACCUAAUCUGAUGCAUGUGCUACAUUUCCAUAUGAGCACAGUGUGUGUAUUUUGUAAUGUGAGAACAGCAUACCGCUUUAAUUCCACACACUCCUGCUUUGAUGCAAAUCUUAGGAAGCAGAUGGGGGAUCAGACUUAAACUGGAAUGAAAAAUACACUGGCACUGCACAUCCCCAAAUAUAAAAAGUAUGCAUCUGAAUAUAUCAAAAUGGGGCCACAAUUUUGGUGUCCAUGGACAUCCCCUGGUACCUUCUUAGCUACCAGCUGAGAGGCCCUCUGUCCCUGCUGAUUUUAAUGUUUGGAGUUUUUUUUACAGCACAUUUUCCUAUUCACCCUCACUUUUUCUUUUAGCUUAGCUUGAGGCUGGGCUAGUAAGACAGUGAAUUGGGAAGGGAAAGGAAGAGGGUGGGGCAGCUGGCAGCCAGGGCUUUGCCUUCCAGCCUCCCCUGGAAAACUCUUCAGGAUGGACCCAGUCUGCUAUGCUUGGGGGAUGGACUAGCAGGCAGUGUCCAGGGGGUGCUUUGCCUGUCUCUUGUGUGUUCUUGUGAGAGUUGGGUAGCGUGUUUUGUUUGGUGCGUGUAUAUAUUUUGUGUGUUUUGGGGUGAAAACAUCUGUUUGUUUUGGGGUGAUUAUGCGAGCAGGUGAGUUGGGCUGUGUGUAUCACUUGUAGAGACAUUGGGGAGGGGGUGCUUUGCCAGUUUAUUUUGGCCUGGUUUUUUAUUUUGCUUGUUUGGGGGAGGGGGCUAGGUUUGUGUUUUGCUUGAGGUUUUUUGUAGGGGUGUUUUCUUUGUGCGUGGGUUUUAGUUUUGGGUGUGUGUGUUGCAUCUUUGUUCCAGGUUUUUUUUUUAAGUGUUCUGCCUACUUCUUGGGGGUUGGUGGUUGUAUUUGUGUUCUUGUUAUUCGUUCUUCAUUGCUUUUGCAGCCUGCCCCCCCCAGCAGUCCUUGUGACUACGCAGUCCCCCACAUGGCAACCAUUUCAUUGUGGUGCCCAUGACAGUUUCUCAGAUUUCUGAAUAUUCUCUCAGAUUAAAAAAAAGUUGGGGACGCCUGCCCCAGAGUCUCUUUCCCCAAACUGGUUGCUGGGGGGUGCAUGCUUUAUUGGGGGGUGGGCUGUAGAUAAUGAUUUUGAAAGUUUUGGAAAUCCAGGUAGCCAAAUAUAUUUACAUAUUUAGUUACUUUGGAUUAAUCAUAUCCUGCUUUUUAAAAAUAAUUUUUCAAAAUGGUUUGCAAAAGCAAACCAAAAUAUAACAAUAAAAACAAAGCUUAAAAUAGAUCAAAUAUAAAACAAAUAUAAAAUCCCAGCAGUGUUUGAACCAGAAACCAACAUUUAAAACAACAGAAAUCCGUUAUAAAAUGCCUUCCAGGACAAUAAUUUUCCCCCGACACCUGUCUGAAAACAGGAACAGAGGAAGCUGUUGGACAUCUUCAUGGAUAGAUGGCGAUAAUAUUACUCCCUGUUUACAGCACUAGAUGGUUUUUAUUCCAACUCUCAGCUCCAUAGGCUUUGUCAAACAAAUGGCUUUUAUGCACAAUACAGUUGCAAUGCUGGUGUGUCUCAAAUAGUAUUAAGCACAACCAUUGCUUGUGAAAUGGAGACAGUGAUUAGUGGAGCAGGCUGGGGCUCAUGAAGACCGUUAGUACUUGGUGCUCUCAUCAGAAUGCCAAAUGGCUGUCCCCCUCUUUCUGUGGCAAAGAGAGACUGUGUUAAUUAACUCUGUGCUGCACGAAAUUAAUGUUUUUUCAGCACUGUGAACAUGUAAAGUGCUAUAUAAGUGCCUUCCUUUAUUGCUGUUAUUAAGAGAGCACUCUGCCUCCCAUAAAUGGCACCUCUUUACUGUUCUCCUGCCAAACAGUGAGAGUUGCUGCCAGCUGGGUGUAUUUUCUUGUUUGAAUGUUUUCUAUUGUAGCACUGAUUGGUGAUGGGGUACUGUUGUCAUUUCAAGUUGGCACAGUAAAUGGGUGGCACCCUCCUCCAAUGAAACACUUGUGCUGGGAUUGCAUAGAACCAGGGAUAUGCCAGUAUAUGCCAUAUGUGAUGAUGUUCAAAUAUUCCAUUCCAAAAAUUUCCUCCCCACAAAAAAGAGGAGGAACAUGGUGGAGACCAUAGGGCCAGGACACUGUGUGCUGAAAGUAGAAAUAUUAUACUGACAAAUGGAAAACCCUUAGGCAGAGUCCACUGCUUUCUAGGGUCUACUUUGUGCAUUACAUUUUUAUUUUAGGGUUAAGGAAGCCAUGGUCCUCCAAAUGUUGUUGGAUUCCAACUCCCAUCAGUCAUUGGCGAUAGAGAAGAUGGGCAUUGUAGUACAACAACAUCAGAAUGGUUGCAGCUCAGCCCCUAAGAUGUUUUAAGUAUACAUUAGAAAAAGCUGUGACAAUUUAUUUUUUUGCAUGUAGCUUUGUUUGUUUGUUUGUUUUACAAAGCCUUGCACUGUCCGCAUAUAUUCAGCAGGGAGGCAGGAUAGGCUGCAGCUGAAUCAAGUGUAUUCCUGGAUCCUGCAUUAGGGACAAUAAUUGGUGACAGGCAAUGUGAUUUCUGUCAGAAACACCAAUCCCUAAAACCCUUGCACUAAAGAACAAAGAUACUGCUGCUCUGAUUAUGUGCAUAAAUAAUAUCGUUAUGUCCAUGAGCAGCAGCGUGCCUUGGCUCCAUGUGCUCAUCCUUCUCCUCUGGCGCAGCUGUGAUGAGAAGAUUGGAUACUUUCAGUUCCUGUUUAAAGGAAGCUUCUUAUUACAUACGUUGGUUAGUUUAUGGUUUGUUUAAACAAGCCAGGAUCAUACUGUCCUGGAGAUGGGGAGGGGAGGGAGAGUCCAGGGGCCCAAGGCUCCUGACUGCUCAUGUCCAUAAGCUAACAUCCACACUGGGCCCACAUCCUGAUUCAGGAGUGAUCACAAACCAUGGGUUCUCUGAUUAAAUGCAGAAGCCAUGGCAAGCCCUGGCCUUGCUUACCCCAUUCAGUUUCCUCCUUCCUUCUCCCACAUUUUCAUCAGUGGAUUGUAUCAGACUGCAGCAUCCCUUUUCCCUUAGUGUACUAACAACCAUAUAUUGUCAAUAAAUCACAAUAUUAAACCAGCAUCAAAAUGUUUUGUGUGUGGCAGUAUACAAAUAUAUGUGAAUGAAGUGGCUCUAGUACCAUAACUGCUCAAUUAUUCCAUUUGUCCAUCCAAUUCUCACUGGUGCAGGCCGGGCAAAGUGCCAACCUCCUCCAUGAAUACUUUCUUUCACUUCCUGCUGGCAGCAGGGACUGCUUUUCUUCCAGGUCUUGCCUCUUAUACAUUCUGUCAGGAAGAUCAUCCUGUUUAGGAGCUAUCAGAGCCCAGCUACCCAAAGCUGUGUCCGGUCAGAGAGGAAUCGGAGUUUUGGGGGUGGGUGUGCAGGAAGUUCCUAGCUGACUGUUCCAAAUGUCACAGGCCACUAAAGCACCCCACCCCCACCUACAAAUGUCACAAAGAUGCAUGGGCCGAAUCCAAGUUUUUUAAAUGCCAUGCCUCAUUGCAACAUUCAGCCUACUUCCUGCUUAGCUUUAAAGCUAGUCCUUGAACCUGCAGAUGGGUGGCCUGGCUUGCUUUAUCCUCUGCAGGAGUGGGAGGGUGCGCUUGUAGGCGAAUGGCAGCUAAUAAGACACAUAUAUAGCUAGUAUAUCCCUGCAACAGAAGUGCUUCUUUUAUGGGGGAAGGUGUCUUGAUUUCCCACAACAUAUGAAUAACGCAUUGACUGUUCAUUGUUCUAAAAAUAAAUGAAACAGAAAGGCUCUAAAAAUUAAAUUACGGAAAAUGGAUUUGUGUGGAUUUUCCUUCUGCCACAGAGGCCAUACCACUAAUGAUGUUUGUGGAAUGCUAAUCAUAGCGAGGAACUUGAAGAUAAGAUGUAAUAGGGAUGAGAUUAUUAUAAAGGACCAUGUUGUAUGCACACAGGAGAUGUUGGGAAGGCACAUCUGCAAGUAAAUUUAAACCUCAAGUUGAAACAGGAAUUACUUGCUUUUCUAGCUCUUAGUUCCAGGUUCUAAGGCGCGGGACUUUUCCUCAUUCUUGCUCAGGAGGACCUGUCCAAGACUUUUAGCUGCACGAGGGGAAGCAGCAAAUAGUUCUCCUUCCUAACCAUGCCAACUGUAAGCCUGGGCUAAAGAGGAAGAAAGUUCCUUACUUCCACAGUUGGAAGGAACUCUGAGAGUUAUUUAGUCCAAUCCCCUGCAAUGCAGGAAUCUCAACUAAAGCAUCCAUGACAGAUGGCCAUCCAACCUCUGCUCAAAAACCUCCAAGGGAAUAGAAUCCACCACCAAAAUACCUACUGGGUCUUGCAAGUAAAAAGUGGGGGCAGGUGUGGGGGGGAGAGGGAGAGGGGGAGGCUGAGGAAAAUGAAGAGAGGUAGUUUGGGGUUUUAAUAUGGAAAAGAAAGAGAACUGAGAAUUUGGCAGCUGUUAGCUGAAAGGAGGGAGGAAAGGCUGAAGCCUGGAGACUGCCCAAGUCCAUUUCCCAGGGAUCUUCCCUCUUGCCUUGUAGGAAUGCCUGUUUGUCUCCACUUCCAUUCUCCCCGUACAUUUGUAAAUAAAGCAAAUAUUUCAAGGACACCAUAUGUGUCUCCAGAAUGCUUUGAUCCAAACACAACUAAUUUUAGGCGUGCUGCACCUGGAGCUUCUUACCCUCUGGGGAUGUGUGGAAUAACACAGACACUGUUGCUGCAUCCUGCAGUCUCUUGGCGAGAUAAGUCUGCAGUUCUGCAAAAGACACCUGUAGCUCAGGGAUGGCCACAGCCCACAUGUCUUGCCGUCAGUCAAAGCACAAGCAACUUGCCUUUGCUGCGCUGUAUUCCCGUGGGAACCUGCCACUGUUGACGUGCCUGGGAGGUGAUAGAAGGUGAGAGGCAUAUCCCACCCAUGGGUGUGCACCUGUCAGUCCUGCAGGCAGCCCACCCACCUGCCUUGCCAUGUGGAUCCCUGGCCUUGACCUGUACAGCAGAGCUGUCCUAAGCCAACAUUACCCAAACCAUUCCAGAAAUUCUUCAGUGGAUUACACCGUGGUAGCAAUGGCUACAAAUUCAUUGCUGACAAAUGCAGCCAACUCUUUGUCUCUGUUUACCCCUGUGAAUUCCAUCAAUAAGAAGACAUUCAUCUUCAAAGGGAAAAGGGGGUCACGAAACACAAGGCAAGAUGAAAUGUUAGUUUGGAUGGUUCACUUCUGCCUCAAAACUUUUGUGUGUGCUUAUCCCAUCUGUAUGCCUUGGGGAUUUCUUUUGGGGCUGUUUUCUGACCUUUGCAAGCUCCUAUUUUAGGGAAGAGGUUAGGAGGGUGCCUGAUAUCUAAUAAUAGGCUCCUUUUUAUUAUUAGGCUGGGAGAGGCAUUUGGAGGCAGAUAUUUCUUCUUCUGAGCCUUCAAGCUGCUGUUCCCUUUCUAGAGAGUGCUAAGCUUAAACAUGCAUAAAUGUGCAGGUCAGAGGGGCUCUUUAUGUCCCUGAUCUGCUGCCACAAGAACAUCACUGUCCUGGGUGAUUUAGAGGUCCCUGUGCAAUGCAACUUGCUCUCUUCAUGCACCCCUCACCUCCCCCCGUUUGCCCAAAGGGUUGGGGAAGACCCCUGAACAGAUCUGGGGGUGUGUGUGCAUGGGAAUGUGUGGAAAGAGGAAGUCCUAUUGUACAGGUGGAAGUCCUUGCAAGUAACAGGACAACUUAAUUUGAUAGAACGCCAGGUAAAUUUGGCUGGCUUCUAGGCAGCUGUCCUUAACGGCCCCUCACGGUUGAUGUGUCUACUUGCUACACUGAAACAAAAGUAGAAAGCCAGGUUACCUUGGCAUUGCAGUGACGUUACAACAGAUGUGCAGGCCCAGUGAAAAUGUUUGGCAUCAUGAAAUGCAUGUUUAGAUCCUUGUUGCCAAAGAUCCGCAUUGAAAUACACCUGGCUUGUAGUUUACUUGUGUUGAGCAUGUGAAAUGAUGCUUUAGUUUUCAAGUCUUCUACAUGAAGGUCUUAAAUCCCUCAUUUAUUUAUUUACAAAAUAAACCAAAGAUAAAGAGCGUAAAGAAAUACUGUUACAGCAGGUUGAAAGCAGAGUAAGGUUGGACAUUAUCAUUGAACUUGCUUUUCCAACAUUACAAAAGUACCCAUUUCAUCUCCAUAAACCUUAAAGUUUUAAAUUUGAGGAGAAGGGUUGUAGCUCAGUGCUAGUCACCAGUUCAGUCUCCAGCAUCUCCAGGUAAAGUUGGGAGAGAACCUGGUGUGAAACCCUGGAGAGGUGCUGCCAGUCAGUGCAGACAAUAUUGAACAUGAUGGACCAAAGGUCCAAUUACAGAAGUAAGUGUUCAGGGAAACCUAGUACCUCAUCUACCAUAUGUGAGAAUUAACCCUAUUCUGUAGUUCUGUUUUGGUAGGUUUCUCUCCUGCUUGGCUGGAGAUGUGUGUGUGAAAAUGUGGCAUCUGCUGAGUUUAUUCAUUGUUUCAAAGCAUCAGACAUUGAGAGUCAAAAUAUCCAGGGUCCUGGGCCUUGGAAGAGUUGUUGCAUAAUAAACAAAACAGGGAGGGGGAAAGCCCUCGCGGCAGUUCAGGUUCCUCGUGUUUGGCUCCUGUUCUUUUGAGCAGCGUUGUGUAUUCUUUCAGGUUGGCUGAGCAGCCGUGAUGAGCGAUUCCAUUUUGCAAACUCAAGCAGCCGUCUCUUCUGCUCUCCCCCCCUUGCCUUUCCCCUCCCACUUUCCCCUCUUGUCAACAGGAAUCCUCUGCCAGCUUUUUAUGAGACAAAUUGUUUGCUUUGGUGUUUUUCUGAAUCGGAUAGAUUGUCUUAUUUGGAAACAACAAGCAACUGUUGGGAUGGGAGGGUAAUGAAUUUUUUACAGCUCAUCCGCACGAGGGACCGAGAAUGCGGUCAGGAGAGCCAGCCAUGGCACAGCUUUGCCAAUGGCUUGGCGUCUUGACUGGAAGCCUCUCUCAAACCUUUGACAACUCCUGUUCCUUUUUUGUCUAGCUGUGGGCUCCCCCAGCUCAGCUGUGAAUCUCAGAUCUACCAGAGAUCCCACCCUUUCUUUGUCCUAAAUCACACCCCUCCUUCAAGAAGACUGCUUUUUAUUUUCUUUAUUUAUGAUUGGUCCCUUACCUUUCCUGCCCUGGCCACAGUGAUCCAUGCAACGGUCACCUCCAGGCUUGCCUACUGUAACUCGCUCUACAUGGGGCUGCCCUUGAAACUAUCCCAGAAACUCCAGCAGGUGCAGAAUGUUGCAGUGAGGCUGCUCACGGGGUCCUUGCCAUGGGAGCAUAUUCACCCAGUGCUCUACCAGCUGCACUGGCUCCCGGUGGAGUAUAGGGUCAGGUUUAAGGUGCUGCUUUUGACCUUUAAAGCCCUAUGCGGCCUAGGACCCUCGUACGUACAGGAUUGUCUCUCUUGGUAUGUCCCGCAGAGGAUCCUAAGGUCCAUGAAUAAAAAUAGCUUGAAGGUCGUGGGCCCCAAGGAAGCCAGACUAUCCUCCACCAGGGCCAGGGCUUUUUCAGUGAUGGCUCCGACCUGGUGGAAUGCUCUGUCCCAUGAGACUAGGGCUCUGCAGGACUUGAUCUCCUUCCAAGGGCCUGUAAGACAGAGCUAUUCCAUCUGGCCUUCAAUUUGAAUUAGCCUGAUCCUCUAUUCCCUUUUCCCUUUCCUCUUCUAUGAAUAAGCCCUUUCUGGGACCCCGCAUUUAAAUUCUUCCCUGGUCUCCUUGCUGGCCCUAGUAGGAUCAACUUGGCCAGUUAGCCCUGGCGAUCAUUUGAUGUCUACUGACUGGGUUUUUUUCUCUCUCUCUCAAAAUGACCCCUGAAUUUUAGAAUUUUAUUGAUAUUGAUGCUGCAUUUUAUGUUGUUGUUUUUUUGCUGUUUUAAAGUCACAUUUAAAUCAAUGUUUUAUAUUUGCUGUUAGCCGCCCUGAGCCCGGUUUUUAAACUGGGAAGGGCGUGGUAUAAAUAAAAAUUUAUGAUGAUGUUUAUAUCCCACCUUUCCUCAAGGAGCUCAGCUCAGCAGAAGUAACCAAGUGUAAGGUGUAGAGAAGCACCAGUUGAUCAUAGAUCAUUACACUGUGGCUCAUUUCUGUGUCUCUGCUGCCCCUGACAAUAGGCAGCUCAGCAUUUAGUUCUGGGAUCAGCAGUGUGGUAUGUUUGGGCAAAGUGGUGCCCUUGUGGACUUUCCCCGGUGCCUUCAACACUUCCUUGUGUGGGGUGGUUGUAUUCUUUCCCACUGUCUGAAAAGCAAAAAGAAGCGAAAGCUGGAAGAAUGACUCUCUUUCCCACUUCCUCUUUCAGCUCCAUGUGAUUUUUAAUAGUUAAAUUGGCACCUUAGUUAAUUGGCUAGCUAAACAGAAAGCUGAGUUCCUGAGCAGGCAGGAGGGAAAAGGGGGCAAUUUGGGAGACUGUUGGGGGGAAAGCAAAUGGAGAUUAAGUGGGGUGCAUGAAUCAGAGGGCAGAAAGAGGGAUUGGAGUCAGAUAGAAAGUGUAUGCACACACACAAAAACUUGAGAUCUAGUAAAACUGUACAUUUUCACUAUACAUUUACCGCACUGUACAACUGUACAUUUCCUCCCAUGGACUGUCUCAACUGACUGUAAAACUCAUGGAUCUGGUGCUGCCUAUCACUGCCAUGGCACAAAAACAUGAUUGGUAGCAUGGAUCUUUUCCUCCCCCACAAGGGAUUCUCUGAAAACCACCAUCAAAUCAUAGGUCACCUCUGUGACUACAAUUGUGUUCUGUGAUUUGCUGCUAGUUUUGCUACCACCCUAUGGAAAAAUCAUGAAUAUCCAUGGGGAUUUGUGCCAUAAGUCAAUCUGGCAGGCACCAGAUUGACUAUUUUUUUUCUGUGCAGUCUACCAAUGUGAGCUUUAAUUUGAUGCUGAUAUUGGAGGAUCCGAUGCAAAAUAAUGCAAAUUCAGGAAGAUCAAUUUUAAUUCUACAGAAUCUUUGCUUUUCCAUGGUGGUCUGGGUAAAAUAUAUGUACGGGAUUAUCCUGCUCUUUCCAGGGCAGAGGUCUGUGCUUUAAUGCUCCAUGUCUGAGCAUCCCCUCCUCUGAGCUUUUUCCACAAGAACUCCCUCUUUAAAGCUGAAUUGGAGCAAACAUCAAUUCAGCUUUUCUGCAGAUUGAUGUUUGCUCCAGUUGAACUUUAUAGAGCAGGUAUUGUGGGGAAAGCUCUGGAGCAAACAAGGGCACUCAGACAUGGAGCUUUAAAUUGCCUGGAAAGAGCAGAAGAAAGGUGUGUAUCCUUUCUUUCUUGGGAAGGAGAGGAAUCUGAGGGAGUGGGGUGAGAAGGAACCAGAUGAAGUGAUGCCCAUGGCCCUUUCCCAAAAUGCGUAAUGUGCCCUCAAUUCCAAAUAGGUUGGCAGAUCCUGACUGUCCGGUGGGAGAGACCACAAUUUGCCAGUGAGCAGAUUCCUUCUCCAUAGGAAAGAAUCAAGGUCUCCAAACCACAAGGCAAUAAAUUCUUCUUUCCCAGACAGAAUAGCUGAGAUGGAAUUAAACAGCCUGUUCCGCGUUGUGCCUGAAAUCUCAGGUCAGAAGGGCAAGACCUUGCAUGCCAGGACUGUGGCCUUGGGGGUAGAGGGGAACCUUUGACAGGCACGUUCCUUCCACAGCUUCUUUUCUUAGGAGGGAGAAACAGAUAAGAGCUGUUGAUCAUCCCACACCCAACUAGCAUAUUAAUAAGCAUUGGUCAGUCUUGUUAGGAACUGGCAGAGACGGACAGCCUUCUGACUUUCAGGUGAGCAUAUUGUGUUUGUCCUCUAGGAAUGUCUCAGUGAUGUGACAGGCUGCUGUCUGGUUGGCAGGACUGCGUUCUCACAUCCCACUUUCAGUUCCUGAAAAUAGUAUUUUAUUUAGAUGGCACAUGUAGAUGUGUAAUUCCCUGAGCGUGCUAAAAUUAGUAUGUUUGUAUUUUUCCCCCAGCACUCUGAUGUCUUUUUCUAAAAAUGUUAAUCUUGUGAGUUGUUGUGUCUUGCAAUCAGUCCAUCCAUCCACCAAUCUCAUUAUUAUGGUCAAUUACCAGUAUUCAAAAAGGAAGUUUGUACAAAUAUAGAAAAUAAUAGCAGAUGAAAGAAAAUAAAAAACACAACUAUAAAAAUGACAAGUAUCUGUGUCAUGCAAUAGAAUGCCAGGCACAGAAAAUGAAAUUAUGAGUUUACUAAAAUUAGUCCCUGGUGAAUUUUACAUGAAGCAGCACAAUAUGUAGCUAGCCUGGAAGAGAUGAAUGCAUUCUGAUCAGGAAGGAAUAAAAAAAGCAUGAAAUGCACAUGAUCCUCCUGGGAAUUUCCUUAAAAAGGGUUCAGUAAAAAUGUUAUAUGUAUCAUGAUAAAAAGAGCAUUGCGUAAGAACAUGAGUUAUCAGUUCUACCUUUUCAGAUUCACAGAGCCAUUUACAUUGACAACAGCAGAUAUUUUGGCAGUACUUGGAAGUGACAUUCGUAGGUAUUUAAAUAUGUUGCAAGUGGUACUGGUAAUAGUAUUUCUGGUACAAUAAAAACAACAUCUAUAUCAAAAUGCUGAGAACUGUGGGGAAAAAGGUGGAUUUUUGGGGGGAGGGGGAAUCUCCCCUCUAGAACUACUGAUGGAAGAAUGUUUAAAUGCAUCAGAGUAAAGGCUUUUGUCUUGCAAUAUACUUAUGAGUAUUCCAAUAAAAAUUACUUCCAUUGCAUAUAAAUUAUUCUUUAUAAUAUUUCCAUUCAAAUGCUUUGAGCUAUUAGAAUUUUUUAAUGUGAUAUUUAUCCAGCACAAAAGUUAACAGGGCAUACUUUUUUAAAAAAAGCGUUCUUUGCCAAAUAUGUCAUAUCAGGAAUGCUAAAUCAGAUCCUGAUUGAGUUCAGCCUUUUUUUAAAAAAACAACAACAACCCUCACAUUGCUAGUUUAUACAAGGGUCUGUAUUAUUUCCUCUGAAGGUUUUUGUUGAUGAAAUAUAAAUCCCAAGGUUUCUAAUUCUAAAAAAACCCUCACAUCUCCCUUAAAAAGUUAAAAUCACAGAGAAUUGGAUAAAAAACAUUUCCCCUUUAAAAGGUUUUUUCCACCCAUCUCAGAGAAUGACUUUCAGAAACAUAGGAAAUGAGGCUAGAAUACUGUCAUUGGAGCCUGGUCCUGUUCACAUAUCACUGGUGGUGAAGAUUGAGGAGUUGAAUUUGGGGCUGCUAGGGGUGGGAAACAUAGAAGCUUUGCUUUGAGGUCGGCAUAGCCUUGGAACCAUUAAGCUUCCUUGCGAGUAGCCAGUAAUGACUAAGGCUAAAGGCAGAGUUACUUGAGUCUGUGGAGGGCAAGAGGCAUAUCUUGGAGUCAGAGUUAUUGCAGGUGAUAAUCAAUUGUUCAGUACACUGCAGUUUGAAGUGGGCAUUGAUUUAUUAUGUUUAUAUUAUCCCACCUUUCCUCCUAGAUCUGUAAGGUGGCACCUUCCCAAUUUUAUCCUCGCCACAAGUGAGGCUGGAGAUUUAGUGACUGGCCCAAGGUCACCGAGUGGGCAGAAUGGGAAUUUAAGCCUGGGUCUUGACAUUCCUAGUUCAACUCUCUAACCAUUAUAGCACAGUAACUCUUGGCAGGCUACAGGGCCUUUGUCUAAGUGCAUCUGUGGCACCUUCCUAAAACUUCAGUGCUUAUUUCUACAAAGUCUCCAAUUUGAAUAAACAACACAGUCCUGUAGUUUCACUCUGGUAAGUCCCAUCCAUGGUUGUCAAUACUGUCAAAUCAGAGGAAUUCAGCUUGUAGGGGAGGAUAUGUGUGAGAGACUGAGAGCAUCACUGUUGAAGUAGUAGUAGUAGUAAUAAUAAUAAUAAUUUAUUUAUACCCCGCCCAUCUGGCUGGGUUUCCUAUAUACUAUAUACUUCAUUCAUAGGUGGUUUGAUUGAAAUCAAGGGUAUUUAAAUUAACAACUGAAAUUACAGAAGAAAUAAGGCCCAUUUAAAGCACCAGUUUAAAGCAAAGUUCCCACUAGUGCUUUACAUAUUUCAUAUAGGACAAUGCAUAUUUCUUGGAUAAUCUGUCAAAAUAAAAUGUGUUAAUUUACAAUUUAAGAGAACAUCAAAACUAUAAGGAUAUGAUGUGUACAAUGUGUGUGUGUGUUUGUAUAUGUAUAUCUAUCUAUUUAUCAUCAUCAUGUUUUGUUUUUACUAACUUGUAAAAGUUUACUACAACAUUCUUGCUUGUUUAUAGAGAGUAAAUGUUCAUAAUUGGAGAGCUGUGCAAAUUGCAGAGCUCAGGUAGCUAACAAGCCCCCAAGUAGGAAUAUGCAAUAUCAACCUGGCAGACACAGUACAGUAGAUGGUUUUCCUAGUGAUAAGCAGGAUGGCCUCUCCUAUAGCCAAGGGCUGGAUCCCAGCACUUUUGAUGAUUUGCCAGUCCCUGCCCUCCAGUGGACCAUGUGAUCUAUUGUGGCAUAUUUGUAAUUUUGCAUUAUGGUUCUUCGUUCACUUAAAAAAGCAGCUUUUCCUGGCUGGGUUGAAAAGUUAUAUGAGAUCACAGUGCAUGCACUGUACUGGGGGUUCUUCCGCCCCCCCCACCCUAGCCAAUUUUGGAGGUGGGGAGCUUCUUUGCAAAAGAAAAAGUCCUUGCACAGGGUUUCUGCUGAUGGGGCUUCUUAGAUGAAUGCCACUCCAGAAUUCUUUGGGGGUGGUCAUUUUCUUUAAAUGUGCAUUGAACGUGCUUUAAAUAUAUGGUGUGGAUCUACCCAAAGGCACUGUAGGGAAAAGACAUGUGCCGGAGACAUUUGGAAAUGGAGAUGUGUCUAUGGGUGUUUAUAUGCUAAUACUAGAAAGGGCUGCUCCUUUGGGCAAUACGUAGCCAUGGCUUCAACUUUUUUGUUUUCCAUGAGUUCUGGAGAAGUUGUUUUUCUUUAAACGGCCCCUGGGUCUUCCAAGGAAUUGUGUGCAGUCCAGGCCCUUGUGCUUUGAUUUGUCAACAAAAGGACUCAAAUAUUGAACGUCUCAAGGUAAAAGCAGUGGAAUUGACACAUUUCUGUGGAGUCCUUGGCAUCAAUGUCGCAUGGUGGAACUGCAACAUCCCUGAAAACAGUUGAAAUUCCAAGGUCAGAUUUGUUCUUCCAAGGUAUGAAUCCGAGGGAUUAAGUCAUCAGGGAUUAUUGGUUCAACGGCAUUCCUGAUGGUCUGAGGGCACUGCCAGAAUUAUGGAGAUUCGCCUCUAGGCUUGAGUGACAGCAAGAUCAGAAUAUGCCAAAGAGAGAACUCUCUUUGACAUAUCAGAAACAGCAGCAAGUAGCAGAAAUUUAACAUGCCAGCAAACAAAGCAGACUGGCAAAAACACCUGCUGCCCUCCAGUAGGUAGGAAAGUGCAAGGAGGAGCUUGCAAGGAGCCUGCAGCCGCGUAGAUCCAAACAGGAUAUACUGCAUCCUUCAAUGAAGUAAAAAAGCCGGCUCUGCAGUUAAUUAAGGAUCUGCACAUCUCUCUGGCUCUUCCUCAGAUAUUUUAUUUUCAGCGAGAUAUUAUAGAUAUAAACACCCAGGUGGCUUAGGAGAGACCUGUGUUCCUUAGGCCUCUUUUUAAAAAAAGGAAAUCAAGAGACAUACAUGAAUGUGUGUGUGUGUGUGUGUGUGUGUGUGCAUUUGUGCAUGUGCGCAAAUGUAUGUACUCACAUGUGCCAGUCCUGCAGUUAGGUAAAUCUAGAUUGAUCUUAACAGUCUUUCAGGAAGCUCCUCUUUAGAUGGUGAUGUUUAUUGCUUUACUUGGGAAUGUGGAAGCCAGGUUUGGUACAUCUGAGGACCUUGCUGCUCAUUCUGAGGAGUAGUGCCCUGGAUUUCUGCCUUAAAAUAUUACCCCAGUGGUGCCACUCAUGUGUGUGUGCAUUUUCCCCUACCUCACAGACAAAAGACACAAAACAUUUGAGCAUCAACAAGUUGCCAGGUAAAUUACUGUUGACUCAUCUCUUGAAAUAAGAGCUUGGGUGAAGCAUCUUCUUUCAUCUGAGCCCCCCAGAUUCAUUGCAAAACCAACCAAAGGCCUUCUGGCUCUACUUCCAUGACCCAGGAAGGUUCAAAAGCUUAAGAAUGAGAGUUUAUGUGCUGUUCACUAAUGGUGGGAUUGCACAUUCAUUCUCCCUGAGCUUUUCUGUUCACCCAAUAAUAGUGCAGCGCAAGUGGCAAGUGUGACUUUUGCCUGGGUACCAGACAGUGAUUCUAUAAAUCGUUCAACCUGGAUUACUGCUAUGGCUAUUUUAAUGGGUAUACAGAGAACUCUAGAGAAGCAAAGUGCCAGUUUGCUUUAAGCCAACUGAUGAACUUCCUGCCAGCAUAACACUCCAAUAGCUUCUUACCCCUUACCUUUUGAACCCCUUCAGUUGCUUGCCCAGCCCCAUGCAAAUCCUUCUACCCUGCAAACCUGAUGUGCAGCUAUUCCCAAUUUAGGGAGCAGGUGAAUGAAGCCCUUCCAAAAACAACAGGGGAAGAUCCUGCCAAGCACAUUAAGCCUGUGCACUGUGCCAAAGGCUAGGCAGGGAGAGCCAAGCUCUGUUCUCUGUGGGGCGCUGAGACUAUUUCUUUUGCUGAGUAAGUUUCCCUUGUAGGAAGUAAAUAGGGAUCCCUGUAAUGCUGGCGUGAUGAAAUGCUGCAGUCUGCCUUGGCCAAUAACCUUAGCCAUCUCCUGAGUGUACAUUCCAGAGUGGAAAUACCUCCUGUGUACUUAACCCAGAUUUUGUCUCAUUCUUUCAAAAGUCACCAAACAGGUGUGGUUGUUAAAUUGCAACUAUAGUUGUACAACUGGGACAGAUUCAGCAGACUGUCUGCAGCUUAGUCUCUGCUUACAGGCUCACUGUGGAGUGGCAGCAACUUCAUAGAGAGUCUACAGUCCGUACAAUCUGGCCAUGCAGUGAGGUAAGUGUUAGCACCUGCCUUCUGCCCGUUUCUAUUUGGUUUUUAGUCCCUGUAUUCAUCUUUAUCACAUGGCUGGUACAUUUUGGAAUAAGGCCUACAGCGCUUUGCCUAUAGCAACUGGAUGCCCAAAUGCAGGUUGUAGUAUCUUCUAUAUUAGUCAAGAGGGUCUUUUUAAAUCUGCUUCUCAUUCCAAUUUCUUUGGUUGGCUAAGCUAAAUUAACACACCCUGCUCUCAUGGAAAAAAUAAAAAUUAAUAUAUAGUUGUGUAAAAGCCCAUUAUAAAACCAUUUACACUUUCAUGGGAGCCUUACAAACAAAUUAAUAAACUAUGCUGAAUCACUUAUGGCACCCUUGAUCUCCUCUGUUAUUUCUUUUGCAGAGAGUAUGAAGCCCUUUAAACUGAAAUGUUUAAAGCUAUUUGACUGCAGUCCUGCAUCAGGGAUAGUCAAUAUGGUGCCCUCCAGAUGUUGAUGAACUCCAGCUCUAGUUAGUUCCAGCCAACAAGAUGAGGGAUGAGAGUGUGAAUACAGGAACACCUGGAAAGUACCACAUUGGCUACCUCUGGCCUGCAUUUGUCUGCAUUUUUGUUGCACUUUCAAAAAUUACUUGCACUGUAUCAAUACUAAACCUUAAGAGAAAAGCAAAAUUCAAUACACACCUGAAGAAUUGUGAGAUCUAGUUACAAGGCAGUAUUGUCCCAACCAAAAAGUACAACACAGUUACAUUCCUACAUUGUACGUUAAUUUCAAAAUUUCUAUAUGGGGAAUUGGUUGAUCAUGUAGCACUUAUUCAAAGCCUCUCUCCUCACCGUCAAAUGUUUAAAACUCCAUCUAGGUUUUCUCAACUAUUUGCAUGGGACUUCUUAGGAAAAAAUACAGCCAUAACCCAAAGCUUUCCCAAACCACAAUUAGAAAGACCAGAACAUAUUACUUUGUGCUCCCUUCUUGUUCCUCUGAAAACAGUGAGGAGAAACAAAGACCCCAAAUGCCACUGAUCAAGCCCCCGAGAAUGAGGCUAUGUUUCACCUAUUCAAAAUACAGUCUUGGGAAGGGGAACAUCUAGCCAUUCAGUUUUUCAUAACAGUAUAGCAAGGAACGGGAUCAGCAGUCCACUCCUAAUUUCUCUGUUGGCCUUCCUUGAGGCCAACAAUCUGUUACUGUCUUGGGGGGUUUGCUUACAUAAAUUUUAAACGUUUUAGAUAAGAAUGGGACUACAUGGGAGCAUCUUGUGCUCCUGUCUUGGUGCUUCCAUGCACAACUGGAAGCAAGUCAUAAAGGGAUAUAAUGUGACUCGUAUUUCUUAUGCCAACAUCGCUCCUCCUUGUGUUGGACUAUGACAUCUCUGCAGUCUACAGUUCCCCAUGCCUUCAAUAUAGAUAGAUUGGGUAUCACCUAGAAGGUCAGAAUUCUAAACAAAGAUGUGCUCUCCCAAGCCUACAUUCCCAGCAUGCUCAUACUUCUGUCUCAGCGACGUCUACUCUGCUACAGAACAGAAGAUGGCAGGAUCCCCAAGGACGUGCUCUAGGGGGAGCUGGCUUCAGGCACUAGGCCCAUUGGCAGACCAACUCUGUGCUACAAAGAUGUCAUCAAAUGAGACAUGAAGGAUGGCAACAUCAACCCUGCCAUGUGGGGGAAUCCCUUGCAGAUGACCGCAGUGCCUGGAGAUGGGCAGUCAAGUCAUGUAUGCAUAGCAGUGACCAGAGGAGAAAUGACUGCUGGGAGGAGCACAGAGAGGAGAAAUGCCAUGGUGCAUUUGCAGCAGCACAACUGGAUGCCUUCAUUUGCUCCAGCUGCAACAAAACUGAUCUCUCCCACAUCAGGCUCUACAGCCACAGCAGGCGCUGCAACCUUCCAACAGCUUGACCUCACUCCUCCAUUGUCUCCCGAGACAGAUGGAUGGACAGAAUCAGCAUGAUCCAGAUCCUGAAAAGCAGUCUGCUUGGCUUUCCAAGGAUGCUUCCGCAGGAUCAGUGAAGAACAACUGGACUGUGGGCAAAUCUUCUCCUGUUGUUUCUGACAGAAAUAGGAGGAAGAUGUUAGCAGGGUAAAAAUAAACUCUGGAAAUGUCUUUCCAGGUCAUCUAGUUCCAUUUCCCUGCCACCAUGAAAGGAUUGUUCCCUCCAGCAAGGAAGCUUUCUCAAAAGCACUCAGAUGAAUUAGUUUGCCUUUUAACAAUGGCCAGAUUGUGGGUAAACUCCAUCCGAUUUUAAAUGCAAACCCAUGGAGCAGGCAUGCUUGCUGUUUGGCUGAAAAUAAAUGUCAAGUAAUUUUAGCAGUUCUUUGAAAGCAAGCUCCAUUUAAAAUGACACAGUAUGGUAUAUUUGAGCCAGCUGGCUCAGAAUUUCUCAAGUUGAAUAUCCCAUUGUAUACAAGCAUCCUGAAUAACAGGGACAUGGACUAGUAACUUUAAUUAUCCCAUGAUAUUUGGGGGCUCUGUUCUUCAUCCUUUGCGUGCAAGAGUGGUCUGUGUUUAAUGACUUGCAUGGAGGUUAAUGCAGAGAGCCAGUGUGGCAGUGUACAGUCUGGACAGUUCACUAGGCUUGGGCCACCAAAAUCUGGGUUCAAAUUCCUGCUCAGCUAUGAUGCCAACCUACCUCCCAGGGCUAUUGUGAAGAUAAAAUCAGGGGAGCAGGGAAUGGUGUAUGCAUUCUUGAGCUCUUUGGAGGAAUGGCAGGAUACAGGCAUAAACAAAUAAAUUCAAUGCAGAAUUUCGCAAGGAGAGGGUGGCUUGCAAGGACCUGAGACUGCAGCCUAAUUCCUGCUAGCACUGAUUCAAGAUUAGCACAAAUACUUUCCCAAUUUGUUGCAAGUGAGUUUCAGGAACUUCUGUCCACAUCCACAAAUUUAUGAUGACGUAUCAGUUCCCAUUGUUCAUUGUGUUUAGCCCAUACAGCAGUUUUUCGAAUUGUUCUUUGGAAGAAAUAGAUGGUUAACUAAAUUUGGGGAAAGGAAGAGAAGUCAAGCAGAAGGAACUUUUAUAUCAACAUCACAUUCAGGAAAUGCUCCUUUUAAAUUAUUGUGGGACUUGCUUCUUAAUCCCCCAGCCACAAGUGUAAUUUGGGAUUUCAAGUUUUGACGUUCUUCACUUUGAUGUCUUUUCAUUAGAAAUCUUUCAUGGUACAUUUGUAUGUUAUAUUAAUAAAACAUUCGUGCCAAGAAGAUUUUGAGGGGGCAGAAGAAAGCUGUAGUGUGUGGUUUCUUGGACAGUGACUGACCUCCUAUAUAUGUUGUUGGUAAGGGAAAAGUAGAUAAUAAAGGAGAAUUCCUGAAUGCCAAAAUCCAAGUUUGGGACAAGUACUCUUUGGUGAGAUCUAAAGUCUCAAAACAUGCAACAGAGUAAAGUGUGGGAACUUGGCUUACAUUGGUGAAAGUUCCUAAAUUAUUGGACACAAGAGAAGCUUGCUAGAGCCAUGUGUCCUGAGGCUGGAACAAGCAGGGCUGGAUCUAGACACGUCAAAGAAGUGAUUUAGUUAAAUGCAUCGUAAACUCAUACAGGGAAAUCUGGCAUGGAAAGACAGGACUCCACAGCGCCAUCUGGUGUCACAGUGUUCUAUCGCAUGUACAACACAUAUAAAACACUCUUUCUUCACCAAUGUAGCUGAGUCCCAGUUUAGACCUCACAGACCUGGUUAUCCCACACUGUAGACCUCUGGCUGAUCAUGUUCCUCUGUGAGUAUUUUUUUUAACCUCUUUUCCCUUUCCCUCUUCCGUAAAAUAAAAGGUGAUGUGCAUUAAUUAACUCCUAUUUAUUCAGUCAAUCUCUUUAUAAUUAUUAAUUGGUUGAGUAACAAAGCCAUAUUGUUUGGAACGUUCAAUUGUUUAAGCACUUGGUGAAUUAACCCAGUUAUCAUUUAUCAAGUAAUGACGGCUGCAAUCCUAUGCACUUUUACCCGGGAGUAAGCCCUAUUGAAUAAAAUGGAACAUACUUCUGAGUCUACAAAGGAUGACAUUAUAUGGCUGCAACCCUAAUUUAAUCUCUCUGGGAGUAAGCACCAUUGAACUUAAUGGGACUUCAAUCUGAGUAGACACGCAUAGGUUUUUGUUACAAAUGAAAUAAUAAACCUUAAUAACUUUUUAAAAAGAAAAACCAAGUUGAGAGUGCUUUGCAUAUUCCCAAGGCUUUGCAAUUUCCACAUUUAACAUUUAAAUAGCUCACCCACUUUGAUUCAUAAAUUUGAGACACCUCAUUUCUCUCUCCUUCUCCCAGUACAUCCGCCCACCCCCAGCAAAUUACUUUAAAACUUAUGAAUGAGAAGCUUCAGUGCAAUGCUGCUUCAUAAUAAUAAUAAUAAUAAUAAUAAUAAUAAUAAUAAUUUAUUUAUUUAUUUAUUUAUCUAUGCACCUUCUGGAAUACUGCUUCUCCCUUAGCAACGUAAAAGCACUUCCCCAAAGCGAAGAUAAAUGGAAUGUCAGUUUGACGCCCCUCGCCUGAGCAUUUAAUCGGCUUUUGUUGCAGACUUUGCGUGGCUGGGAACGGCGUGUGGGUUUGCUUUUGACAGGUCCCUGCCUCGCUCUUUCCCUGGCACGAUUGUCUUGGAGCGUCUCUCCAGUUUUCCGGCGCGCAGCUAGAGGGCUGCCUUAGCUAUUACUAAGCGAGCGCAGAGGGGUGGCGAGAGAGAGGAGACUGAAUGGGUGUGUGUGUAUGCGUGUGUUUAUAUAUGACUGGCCCAACCUGCAGUUUCAGAUUUCAGACCUACUUUAUCACUCUUCCAGUUCCUGCUAGCCUUUGGAUGUUGUACGCUGCCUUUUCGCUGACGGAUCUCCCGGGACGGAGGAAGAAGCUGUGAGCGCUUCUCUUCUCCUUUACUUUCUCAUUUCUUCAGCAAGUUUUUCCACCGCUCCCCCCGCCCCACCCAGCUGUCUUUUACCCAACCUCCACGUUGGACCCUGCCCUGCAAGAGGCUUAUUUUUAUUUUUAACCUCCUCGCGUCUCAGCACUGAGGGAUGCUGCCACCUCUUCCUUGAAGGUAAAUCCAGGUGUUCGGUUUGUUGACGGUUGUGCUUUCUGGCUUCACAAAAAGAUAAGACUUUUGCUGCUUCUCCGGACUGUGUGAUCCAGCCAGCCAGCAGGGUUUAGUUGUGCUUGUCAGCUAGUUUUUAAACACCCGGUGGUGGUGACAAAAGAUGGCAGGAAAUGGCAGGUGUGUUUAAACAACUGAGGCUAGUCCUCAUGGAUGCGGAGUCCGGAUUGGGGUUUGAUAUGCCCAGAACCUUCAGUGCUAUCUAGAGAUGAACUUAAGCUCUAGUAAUACAACCAAGGGUAUUUGAAAACUGCUCAAGGCAGGGGUCAAAGCUUGGAGGUGGAAUCCGUGGCAUUUUUGCAGUUCCUUCCCUGCUGCUUUGCUGUUAAAAUAAUAUGUGCUUUGUAUGCUAUUGAAUGCCAGCUUGAUGUAAGUUCUAAGACUCCCGGCCUUGGUUUUUGCACCUGAAUCCUUGCAUUGUUUGUUCAGUAGCUUUGGAAGUUGCUUAACACAUACACAAGGCAUUUGCGUGCUCAGCACUAAAGGGACUCUUUUUGGGGGGGGGCUGCAGGAGGUGACCCCGCAGUGCAGAUCUUGGAUAGCUGAAGGCAGAACAGGGUGAUGUGGUUCUCUUUUUUACAAUGUGUGGUUGCAUAUGAGCUUUUGUUGGGGGUAUUGCUGCUGUACAAAUGGCAUUUGUCUAGUUUGCUAGCAAUAGAUGGGCGAGUUUCAGCUGAAGCUUGUUGAAAGGAUGGAAAAGCUGUAGUAUCUGCUCCCAAGAGUCAACAGGCUUUUGAUGUAGUGGGGUUGGUCCAGUGAUUUUUGACAGCUGACCUUGCUGUGCAGGGUUUUUACAGGUGCCUUUCAAGUGGCAGACUCCAUGUCGAUAUACCUGCUUUGUACCCGUGUGUUCAGAUUACUGGUGCAUGUGGGUUUAUACCCAUAUGGGAGGUUACCUGAAACUGUACCUAUCUGGCUGGCACACUGCCAUUAUGAUCAGGAAGUGGAAUUCAAAAUUCGUUGCUGCACAGAGUCUGUCGCCUUGAAAUAUGUCAGCAUUUCCUGGGCAAAAUGUGUAACUGUAAACAUAUACACAUUCUCAUCUAAAUGUGAAAAGGGGCUUUUUGGGUAUGCAUGGUAGUGAAUGGAUUACUUGAUGCCAUAUGUCACCAGGCCCUUGUUGAUGUGCUCACUGCCCCAUACUAUUCAAUGCUUUAUUCACCACAUUUCACAAUAAAAUACCUAUUUUUCAUCUGAAAUGUGAGGGGGCAUUCCUGAUAGCUGAGAACACACAGACUCUGGUUAUAGAUUCUGUCAGUGAGUUAAUCUGUGGCGAGGCUAAUGCUGGGGGCUCUGCCUUUGGAGCAAAAGGUAGGAUUGGCAGUGCGAUCCAAUGCAUGUUUGCUCUGGCAUUAGUCCCACUGCAAUCACAACUCUCCCAGGUAAGUGCGUAUAGGAUUGCAGCUUUAAUUUUACUGACCCGUUUCAGGUCUACAGUUUUUAUUUUUGAAAAUUAUACUAUAGGCACCCAAAACCAAGCACCUACUGCCAUUGGCUCCAGUGAAACUGCUGUAAGCAUUUGCUUAACCAUCCAGAAUCAUAAAAUUGUAGAGUGGAAGGGACCCAAAGGGCUUAACUUUGCCUGGAUUGCACCCUUUGUGUUUUGUUUUCUUGCUGCUUUUGUGUGAUUGUUAGCUUUGCUUGUAAGUUGCCCCGAGAACUUAAUGACAAAGCAACUAAUAUAUAUGAUUAAUAAAUGAAUACUGUAACUAUGAUUUGAUACUGUUGUCGUCUACAGAAGUGUACUCUGAGCAAAAAAAUAUUUCUAGCCUAGUGAACAAUGCCAGUGACUAAAUCCUGAGAUGAAAGGCAGAGGUCUCUCUUUGAACAGCUUUUUCAGAAGAUGUUUUACAGCAGGGAGAAAUACUACAUUCCUAACAAGUUUCUUUAAAAUGAAUAUGAAAUCUGGGUUUGAAAUGCAUGUGUCAUAGGGAAAGAUGUCCACAGCUAUACACAACAUCUAUAGUCAUGCAGCCAAAUCAAAGUCUAUCAGUGAAAACUUACUGGCCUGUGUCAACAUUAUGACAGAAGACCUCCGCCCAAGUGUGCCCGCUUAAUGGUACAAUGCCAAUUCUCUUACAGGUGCUUCAAGUUGCUGGUGUGUACUGUUUUAUUCAUUUUUUAAAAAAUCUACUGCUUUACCUGCCAUGGUCCCACUGGCGGAGGAAGAGGAGUGGGGGGGGAGCACACCACCCCUGGCAGCGCAAUCCUGGUGGGGUGCCAUCAUGGCUGCCGCCUGCCUGUGCUGGGCGCCAGGCCCCUGCAGGCGGCGCCACCCACCCCCGGGAUGCGCUCCAACCCCACCCCUGGCUGCUCUCCGUCCCCUGGUGCCGGAGCAUGAAGCUCUGUCACUGCAUGGUCCUUACUUGAAAUCUGUUGGACAACUUUGUUUUCAAGAUUGGUAUUUUGGAACUGAGAUGGCCGUGGUGCAAUAUAGAAUGUCACAUCUUAUAUGAAAACAUGCUUUUUCAGCUGUAAAAAAAUGAAUUUGAAGUUGAGAUUUCAAAACCUUGGUGGGGCAUACCAUGAGACUGCAUGGAUGCAGGAUUUGCUCGUUAACAUGUCAUCUGGGUAUCUUACAGACUUUAGAUAUAAAAUAAGAGGGUUUAAUUGUCCUCUAAUGAACAUUGGAAAUUGUUUGAGAUACCAAAUAUCUUAGUGGAUGUUGUUGAGGAAAUGGCACUCUUGGAUCUACAAAAUCUCAGAGGAAUUAUUGUGAGCAUCAAGGUUUGCAAGUUUGUCUCCAUUGGGCCUAGGAGCAUUCAUAUGAAUGUCCUGCAGAGUGCUUCCUUUCUAUGCUGCAACCAACACUUUGAACAGUGAUAUAAUGCUGAACCAAGCCAUGCUUAAGACCUGAGAGGUUGUGUUAUGAAGUUUUUGGGUCCUUUCUCUUUGCCACGAUCAUCAAGAAAUGACACCCAGGCAUGCUAGGCGGACAAAGAGAGCAAGGCUGUGAAUAUAGGGAUGAGCUUGGUUCUCAGUGGCUCACUUGGAAUUCUGUAUCACAGUUUUGUGUUUGUGAGGGGGCAGACCUACGGUUUGCAAAACCUACUAGUCUUGGGUUUCAUCUCCUUUACAGCUGGAGGGCAUCAUUCAUUAUGCAGAAGUGCCAUUUGGGUGAUGGUGGGUAGGAGAAUCACAUCCAAGUUUCUCAGCCAAGCUUGCAUGCAUUCAGUGCAGAAAUAAAGAAAUAAAGGAAAGGGGGAGCAGUUUAUUGUAAUAGCAAGUGGUGGGUGCUGUGUCUUGAUAGUUUAUUAUAACUAUAGCAAUGAUAUCAAAACAGGUUAAGCAAUAAUUUUUCUUCCCUCCCCACAAGCAAAGAGAUUUGUACCUUACCUAGUACCGUGUUUAGAGCUAUAGCAUUAGCCACUUAAAAGUGUUCAUGAAGAAGAUUAAAAAGGAUUAGGCAAAUUAAUGGAGAACAAGACUAUCAACAGCUCCUAGCCAUGAUGGCUAUGUUCCAUGUCCACGGUCAGAGGCAAUAUGUUGCUGAAUACCAGUUGCUCAGCAUCGCAGGUGUCCAGUGUGCUGUGGCCCUCAAGUCCUGCUUGCUGACCUACCCUAGACAUCUGGCUGGCCACUGAAAGAACAGGAUGCAGGACCAGAUGGGCCAUUGGCCUGAUCCAGCAGGCCCUUCUUGUGGUCUCAACUCUUGUGUGUUUGCUUGAAUGCAUGCAUGUACAUCAAUGUGCAGGGUGACUAUGCACCCCAAUCUCUUCAGCCCUAACCUUGUAUUAAUUUUCAUACUGCUUCAAUACCAUUUCAUAAUAAAAACUUCCAUCUGAACUGGGAGCUGCUGAAAAAGCCCAUUACAGGUCUUGGCUGCUGUGACACUGGGAGAGGAGCUAGACUGGAAGGUUUUUGACAUCCUUGAUGCACGCUUGACACACAGAAGCCAUACAAAUCAGGAACUAGUAAGCCAAUCCCCUUUUGUCGAUUGCUGGCUGUCAGGGCCAGAAACAGAAUUUGAAAGGUAAGCUGCUGCCUAUCUGCGCACCCAAAGCUCCUGGUUUACAUUUUAUGUUUAGAACUGAGUGUAGGAAUUCUCUAAUAUUAUUCAGGUUUUCCAAUUCUUAAGAAAGGCUAAGAUAUCUGUAAUUUGGGGGGGGGGGGAGAGAAAAUCCAAUAAUAUUUAGUCCCUCAGUGAAUGUAGCCUCUCUGGCUUGGAUUUUUCAUUUUCUUCCAGACACAAUACAUAUCCUAGAAAGCUAACAGACCAAUCUUAAAAUGUCUACUUGGAAGUAAGCCCCAUUGAUUUCAGUGAGAUUUAACUCUCACAGAAAUCUUUCUAGGAUUGCAGUUUAAGCAAAUGAGUGAAAAUGUAUUUAAUGUCACAGUGUAAAGCACGCAUAAUUACUUUUAGAGGGCUGAUUCAUUUAUUUAAAAUAUUGGAAUCUGCCGUUGUCUUGUCAUCUGAAAAAGAAAAGUUACGUGGUGCCAAUUUUACAGGUUAAUCAGCUUGGACUUCGGUCAUCAUUAAUUCACCCAGCCUCUCCCACUUUUUAAUCAAUCUGCUCAGUUGCAAUCACUCCUUUUGCCUUAAUUGAGCUUGCAAUUAAACCUAAUUUCCUCUCUGGAAAAUGUCCCCCCUCCUAUAAAAGUUACUGAUUUUGCAGGCUGGGUUGAAACUAAAUCAGUCCUCACUUCCCAUCCAUACUCAUGGGAAGCUAGAGGGGUGUGUGGAGUGUGUUUCAGCAGGGCUGGUUAAUGCCUUGAUGGCUACCUGCCUGUUGUAGCUCUGAAUUUAUCAAUAUGCUUAUUGACACAGUGUCAGUCCCUCAGUUCCAAAGGCUGGAUAGGAUUUCCACAUAAUCUGACCUAGGAAAGGCACUCUUGGCAAAAAAAAUACGGUAGUCUAGAAGAUAGAUUUUAGGGACUGCCCUCCCUCUGGAUCUUCCUUGAUUGGCUACCACCAGGUAAAUGGACUGGAUGUGAUGUUCUUGUCCUGUGGUUGUAUCUGCAAAAAUUCCAAUUCUAUUCUAGGCUGUACCCAGAGAAGUAUAGAUGGACACGGGGGAAGUAAUAGUGCUCAAUUCUGCCUUGGUCCACUAGCAAAGGAGUGGGGGUGCAGAGGGAGCGGACUGCCCCCAGCACCACCAUUCCAGUAGGGUGCCAUCGCGGCAGCUCCCCCGGACACGUGUCACCCCCCCCUGCGUGCCAGGUGCCCUGCCCCCAGAACAUCCGCCAUGCCCUCGUGGGCGGCGUGCCACACCCCCGCCUGCUCUCUGCCCAUAGUAGCUUUGCCACUGCCUUGGUCAGACCACAUCUGGACUACCACACCCAGUUCUGGGUGACACAGUUUAAGAAGGAUAUUGACGAGCUGGAACGUGUGCAGAGGAGGGCAACCAAGAUGAUCAAGGGUCUGGAAACCAAGCCUUAUGAAGAACGGUUGAGGGAAUUGGGUAUGCUUACCCUGGAAAAGAGGAGACUGAGAGGAGAUAUGAUAGUCAUCUUCAAAUAUCUUAAGAGCUGUCACAUAGAAGAUGGAGCAAGCUUGUUUUCUCCUACUCCAGAGGCUAUGACCUAUGCCAAUGGAUUACAAGAAAGGAGAUUCCAACUAAACACCUGGAAGAAUUUUCUGAGGAUAAGAGCUGUUCAGCAGCGGAAUACACACCCUCAGAAGGUGGUGGACUCUCCUUCUUGGGUGCUUUUUCAGCAGAGGUUGCAUGUCCAUCUGUUAUAGAUACUUUAGUUGAGAUUCCUGAAUUGCAGGGGCUGGACUAGAUGACCCUUGGUCCCUUCCAACUCUAUGAUUCUCUAAUGCUUUAUGGCUACCUGUAACCUACUUCCUCAUCCACACCUGUAGUCAUCCAGUAUCGGCUCAUGGGUCAUUGCAACACAAUUGGUUAAUAUACUUGGGCUAACUUCCGGUGGUGAAACAUUAUGAAAACGUGAUUCAUUAAUUUUAUUUACCUGUUAUAUGUUUUUGUACCCUGUUCUUCCUCUGAUCCAGAGUACAGUGUGUCAUGCACGGCUCAUGCUGGAGGAAGUACUCAGACUCAGAUUUCGUUUCUUGCUAAAAAUGUUAAUGUCCAAAUCAGUAUGGUACAUGGGACACUGGAGCAGCAGGUGCAUGGCAUGACCAAGCAAGUGAAGACAUUGGUCCAUCAGCUAACAUAACAUAAGGAAGUGGUGCAGGCACAGUUUCAGUGCAGCAAGCAAGAUGCAUCUUGGGAUUGACCAAGGAAGCAGGAAUUCCUCCUAGUGAGCUGGACACGAGCUGUCUGUUUGUACUUGUCUGUGUCCUAGGCAACACAGAAGGUGGCAACACCAGCUCGGAGCCAGACUGGGUGCCUCCUGGGUAGGCAGAUGUUCAUCACCGGGGUUGCUGAAGGUGGUGGUGCCAAGCUCAGAGGUAGAGUGGGUGGUAUUGGGACUGCGACUGAGGCUGGCGGGGGUGGCUUGGCAAGGGGUGGCUGGGUGACAACCUCCCUGGGAUCAGAAUCCUCACCUACAGUGUCUUCCUCCAGCAGCUCUGAUGUUUUUGGGGCACAGACACAGCUAGCUCCAACCUGAUGAGUUGGGUCAUCAGCUUAGGUCAUCAGCUGGCAACUUUUCAAGAUCCUCCCAUCCCUUCUUCUGAUCUGACUAGCCCCUUUCAGGACAUCUCCCCGGGGCUUCUGACAUAGGACAGCUUCACUUAGUGAACCACUAGAACAACCAUCUAAAAUAAACAAAGCAAUAAAAGCAAACCCUCCAAGUGUCCCUAUUUUCUAGGGACUUCCCUAAUUUAGAGAAGCCAUCCCGGUUUCUGAUUUGAUCCCGGAAUGUCCCGCUUUUCCUUAGGACGUCCCUAUUUUCAUUGGAUAUAUGUUGGAGUGUAUGGUAGGAUGUCCCUAUUUUCAUUGUAGAAAUGUUGGAGGGUAUGGAGUUAGCCAACCCCCAAGCCGUCUGAAGGCAAUCCUGUAUAGGGAAGUUUUUAAAUGUUUAAUAUGUUUUUAUAUACAGUGAUACCUCUGGAUGUGAAUGGGAUCCAUUCCGGAGCCCCAUUCACAUCAUGAGCCGAACGCAACCCACAUCUGCGCGUGCACGGGCCGCGAUUCGCUGUGUCUGCGCAUGCGCAUGACGUCAUUCUGAGCGUCUGCGCAUGCACAAGCAGCGAAACCCGGAAGUAACCCAUUCCGUUACUUCCAGGUCACCGCAGGACGCAACCUGAAAACGUUCAACCUGAAGCGACUUUAACCCGAGGUAUGACUGUAUGUUGGAAGCUGUCCCAAGAGUGGCUGGGGCAACCCAGUAAGAUGUGUGGUGUAUAAAUAGUAAAAUUAUCAUUAUGGAUUGGGAUGUUCAUAUUUUCAUUGGAGAAAUGUUCGAGGGUAUGUAAAACUAUUGCAUUAGCCGGGCCAAAUUCUACAUUAGGAGAAUCAGAUAUGAUACAUGGCUUCUACUUGACUUUUUCCAUUUGAUGGGCUGCCCAAGAUACCUCAAGAUGCUACAAGCAGCACCCUUACUUGGGCUUUCUUGCUGCUUGUGUUAAAGCUGAUUCCCUACAGAAACUAACAAUAUGGGCCCAAAUUCUCUCUGUGCUAUUUCAAUUCAACUGGACUCUCGUUGUGCCUCCAUCCCAGGGACAAUACAAUAUAAACCCCUUGCUGAGCCCUGGAUCUAUGGGUAGAAUAUCCUCCAACAUUUCUCUGAUGAAAAUAGGGAUGUCCUAAGGAAAAGCGUGGCAUUCCGAGAUCAAAUCGGAAACCAGGACAGCUUCUGUAAAUCUGGGACUGUCCCUGGAAAAUAGAGGAACUUGGAGAGUCUGGCAGCUGUUCCAUUCAGAGGCAGCUCAAAAUCUGCUGCCGCCUGAGGCAGAACAUCCAAACAGUGUUCCCCACAGUGGUAAAAUGACUGAAUUAACAGGGAAUGUGCUGUCUUGAAUGGUACUCCUCAUCUGAGUCACUGUGCCUUAACGUUUAGGACCCGCCUUGGUUCCGAUGGCAGCAAAGUUCAGGUGCUAGUCAUAGUUUGCAUCCCUGCAAAACAACAACAGCAGGGAGAAGUCUUGGAAGAGUUUCCCCAAUGGGAACAAGAGUUAAAAUCCCCCCUGCAGGGAGCAUGACGAAGAAGGGCCAUCCAUGGAGUCUGGCGCUGCAGAGCAGUAAAACCGCCUUUGGGGAGGCAGCUUGCAAGGUGAGCCAGAGUAAACAGUACAUCGUGCCUUAAUCUCGAGCUGCCAUCAAGAUAAGGCAGCAGAGUAACCGCCACUUGCCUCGCCCAGUUGUGUGGGCUUUUUUCGUCAACCCACACCUUGGCACCAAGGUGUGUGACUGGCUCCUUUUGAAUCAUCACAACAUCCGUUAAAAAGAAGGAGACACAAACAAACAAGUGAUUUUUAAAAAAUAUGUGGGUGGCAGCAAACGUUAUUGCUGCCGCCACCUCCCUCCCUGACUUCCUUGUCCUGCUCUGCUGCUGGUGCCAUCUGAGGCCUGCUGCUUGCCGGUUUGUUUACUAACACUGAUGUGCUGCCCUUGUACAGCACAGGUGGCUGCUAGUGCUUGCUAAAGCUCUCUUGUCUAUUUCUGGCACCGGCCACUUCGCUUGGCCUCUUUCUCUCUUUCAUGUUGCUUCUGGUAAUGAUAAUCGGGCAAGGAAUGUAGUUCCAGGUUGGGAGCUGAGGGUGGCCUCCCCACCCCCUUGUUGGCACAUCUGACCAUGAGGUUUUGUUUAAAGGGGCAGUGCCCCAAGGAUAUCAGAAGGGCCACUAAUUAAAGCUGAUGAUUACUGUUAUUACUCAGUCUUGCACUGUCUGGCAAUCUUCAAAGCAGGUUUGGAAAUAACUGCAACAUGGCUGUAGAAAUGCCUGCUUGGUUGAGAUACAAAUAGACGUCUCUUGCCACACGUUUCCUCUUGUUUAUCGUGGCGACAUUUUGAUCACAUUUCCUGCUCUUAGGCUUGCUUGUUACUCCUUCCAGUGUUAAAAUAAGGAAAAUGCACCCAUAGUAAGGGAUUACUGUAUCACUCACUGAGCAAGUAGUACCGAUUUAGGAGUUCUGGUAUGGUUAAAUUAUCCUUGCUUGCUUUUGAAUCAGAGUCAAGCUAGUUGUAGUUGUAGUUGUAGUUGUAGUUGUAGUUGUAGUUGUAGUACAAGACUCAAAUCCCUAGACCACACUGGCUGCCCCGUCGCGAAUCAAGUAAUGCAAUCGCAAAGAAUCCCAUAGUAGUAUUGAAAGUGGAAUUUGCUGCCAAGGAGUGUGGUGGAGUCUCCUUCUUUGGAGGUCUUUAAGCAGAGGCUUGACAACCAUAUGUCAGGAGUGCUCUGAUGGUGUUUCCUGCUUGGCAGGGGGUUGAACUCGAUGGCCCUUGUGGUCUCUUCCAACUCUAUGAUUCUAUGAUUCUAUGAUUCUAUGAAAGACUUCUGCACGUAUUUUCCAGAGAAGGGUUCUAGAUAUAGCAUGUGCACCAUGCAAGCAAAAGCUGCCUAGGAUUGCAUUGUCCUUUAUCCUGAUGAAAUUGUGGACUCUGUGAGGAUCGCAUUACCAUUUCUCAGGUAAACUCUUAAUGGCCUCAGUUCUCCUUCAAUCCCAAAGAAUAUCUAGGUGGUGAAAGCAGUAAAACUGAGCUUGGCAAACAGUUUUUGUAAUCUUGGGCUGACUUCUCCUGGCCAAGGUGUGGACAAAAUUGCUGAGUUGCAUCUUAAUGACAGGCUUCAGCCCCAGAACUUCAAAAGCCCUUGGGGGCAUAAAAGGGUGUUUAAUGACCAGUUGGGAGUGCGCGUGUCUCAUUAUCUCAAGAUCAUUUCAGGCUUGCGAAAUGAUGAUGAUGCUUCUUAACAUGGUUACUGCACCUGUUUUUCUGCUGCUUGCAGAAAUUAAAGGGAACUGGCUCAAUUAAGCCACGAUCUGGGAUGGAGACAUUCUGGCUGCAGCCUGUCAGGGGGUUCCAUCCUCAUCUUUGCUGCAGAUGUCAGCAUCUCCGGUGUCGCUGCAGAGAUGUAGCUCUGUUUAUGCAAAGUACAGGCCUAGAUAAAUAUAGUUAGCUCUGUGUUUGGUUUCUAAGGGGUAUUUGUAUGCUCAUUAAUGUUAAUGCGCACAUUUGCAACUAGAUCUGAAGUUGCAGCUAUGUAAACGCUGGACUCGGUAAGAUAAUGCACAUUUAUUCCCAUUCAUUUUUUUAAUUGCUUUUUUGCAUUAAUGAUUCAGACCACCUUGGUGCUAACCAAAAUGAGCAAUGCAGCUUCUUAAAUGUCUGUUGUUGGGAAAUUAGAGAUUAAAUGUGUUUGGAAUUUUUUGUUUUGUUUUUAAAAUCCUGGUUUAUGAACAUGUGUAUGUUUCUGGCAUGGUGUGUGCAUGAUUUAGUUUAAGGAUGCUUAGGAUAACACUUGAGUGAGAUGGACUGUCAAUAGCACCAUUGAAGAGGGAAGUGAGUGGAAGGGAAGGCCAAGGAAAUGACAGGGAACCUGACAGUGGAAGUAUAUUUUUCUGGUUACAUACCCUGCAAGUGUCCUGGAAAAAACAGGACAUCCCGUUUUCCCCUUGUGAGAGCAUGGCUGCCAUUUUGGUUGUGAAAUCGAGCGAGAUCUCGCAUUCCUAUUUUGGGACACAACAUGUUGGAGAGUAUGCUGUUAUUGCUUCUUAGGGGCAGAAUCUGUUUACUCAGUGGUGGUCUUCCUCACCUCCUGUACAAGCUUUGCAAAAAGAGUCACUUCUGUUUUCAUGGAAACACUGGGAAUAAAGUGGGAGUGGGCUGUACUUUUUUUUUUUUUUUAACUAAGUAACCACCCAACCGGUUUCAUGAACCAGGGUUGUAGCCAGCCUUCUUUGUUGGGUGGCUGCUUCUUCUUCUUCUUUAAAAUAGAAUAAUGAUAAAUCAUUGAUUCCCUCAGAAUCGACAUGAAUAACUUUUUGUCAGAAAAGUCAAAGAGAGGGCCUGUGUAUAUUUUUCUCUCAGUGCACUCACUGACUAUGGCAGUCUGGUGCACCCAAAUGAAUUUUAGAGUUGCGCUCCUUGAACAGCAGUUCCCAGGCUACAUAACAAAAUGCUUUCUGAAAAUGAAGGGGAUUCCAUCUGCUAUAGGGCAAGGGUGGGGCACAUAUUUUUCAGGCCAAAGAGAGAAAUGGUUUUGUGUAUAGUAUAGUAUAGUAUAGUAUAGUAUAGUAUAGUAUAGUAUAGAAAAUUAGCCUACCUUUUGUACAGGUGGACUAGUUUGUAUACACACUCACAGACCCCUCUCUAUGCCCCAUCCAGCCAAACAAGCGGCGUGAUCAUAAUUCAAUGGCACAGUCCAUCUUGUGCUCCAGGAGGUCACGGUGGAGGGCCGGGGAAGGAGGAUGUUUGGGGAAGAGUCCUAAGGAUCAGAAAGAGAUGCCUGCCGGGCCAUGUUUGGUUCCCCCAAGGCCAGGUUUCCUUGCCCUUGCUGUAAGGAUCUACUAUUCAAGAGGGGGAAAUAAAAGAAACACACUAUGCACUCCCAAGACCUUGGGCACACUGGCCAAAGGCACCGUUGCUAAUCUGGUCAUUUCUCUUAUAAGGGAAGGACUAUAUGGCCAAAACCAUGUUGGGAUCUUGAAAGUUUUUGAGGAACGUGUUUUUUCCUUAAACCAUUCAGACAGCAGAAAUCCGUUUUGGAACUUUUUACAUCAGAUCGUAGAGUUUGGGUGUGAUGUCCUUGCCUUUUUACAAAUGCCCCAUCUAGGGGCAGUAAAAUUCCCAAUUUGAUGAAGGAGAUGCUUGAACCGCUUUAGAGCAGGAUUAUAGUCAAUGGGAGCAUUUGAGACUUAGUUGUAAAUAUAGCCAGGUUUUGAGUCAUGUGACUUUUAUAUCUUUAUAAGUGAAAGGAACUCCUGGAAUUCAGCUUUCUCAAAUCAACAGUAAAAGUGUACUCUGAAUGUUGAGUUGGGGGUCUUCUGCUUCCACAGCAAAGGGGUAAGGGGCUUUAAUAAGCAGAGUCAGACCCUGCAGCAUUCAAGAACAGUACUUCACCAGCCAAUGUGAACCAAGUUUACCUAAGUUAUGCUGUUAACUAAGACCGGAUAUAUAAAAGGGAUCCUUUGUGCAUAUCUGUGUAUGACUGCUACAAAGCAUCCAUAAGUUGAACCAGGAAAAUUUUUGAAUGUGCUUGUUCAUGUGGUUUUCGGAUGGCAGCAGGAAGGAGAGAGUGCCAAUUUUCUCACUUGCAUUUGCCAAUUUAAAGACUGAUUCAUAUGGCUGUUUUUUUUAACCUGCCAGCAAUGGGAUUGCCCUAUUGGCAAUGAAACUCGCCCAUGUUGCCAUACUAUAAACACCUGUCAGUGCCCUCACAGGAUUAACUGGCCCAACGAACUAGUUAAAAUUAAUAGUCCACUCAAGGUAGCUUCAGUCAUGGCAUCAACCUGUGAAGUUGUCAUAUGAUUCAGCCUUAAACUCAUAGGAGAUGUUAGGAUCACAGUGUUGAGGAUACAUACCACCCAGAGGAUAUAGCCACCCAGAGUGGCUGGGGCAACCUAGUCAGAUGGGCAGGGGACUACUGCUAAUACAUGUCUUUGAGACUUUACACCAGCCUUCCCCAAUCUGGUGCUCUCCAGACGUUUUGGAUUUCAGCUCCCAUCUGCCCCAGCCAGGCUGGCCAGUGGUCAGUGAUGAUCAGAGUUAUAGUCAAAAACAUCUGGGGGGCACUAGGUUGGGAAAGGCUUCUCUACCAAGCUGAAGGCAAAAGUGCACUGGGGUUUAUACAAGCAGCAUAAACCAUUUGUUUACUCCUGCCUGAUACUGUUGUUGACAGGUAGAAAGCUCUGUGCAACGGCAUGAUUGAUGAGUUCAGUAUGCAUGGAAUCUGCAAGCAUGUUGUUGCCUGUGUUGGGUAGUAAAACAGCUGACAAGCAGAGUAAUCUGGGAUGCUUUUCUAGAGAUUAUCUAAGCAUUAGAAAAAUACAGCUACAACCAGCCAUAAUCUAAAACCUGCUGGAAGAAGUGGCAAUCUUUUGGCACAAAGCAAUAGGAUACUUUGUGAAUAUGUUUGCGUUUGGGUUUGGGUUCAUCCAGAGAGGCUUAUGCAUCACUAGGGAAGUUGACAUGUAAAAAGAGGAUACAGAUGUGCACCUGCUAAUUUAGAAAUAAAUGACUGCAAUGUAGCUAAAAAGCAUAAUACACCUCACCCUAGUGGGGAAGACUGUGCCCAAGUGAUGUGUGUGCUUGCCUAGUCUGCUCUCCAGCUGCUAACUGUGGAUGGGCAGCUCUCCCUUCCUACAGUUCCUUAUCUUUAAACUGGACUGGGACCGGACAAAUGCUCAGAACUCCUAUCCCAGGCCUCUAGCUAGCUUCCAAACCCAACUCUCAUCCUUUCUCCUUCUGAGCAUAGAAAGCUGUGCAGAGAGAUGAGAUUCAAUACUUGGCAUAAAAUGGCUUCAAGACUUUUUGCUCCUCCACAGCUGCACUGCAACAAACGAUGCUACAGUUUGGCGCUUCCGGCCCUGGUUUUCAGAGGAACCGCUUUAUCUUCCUUCUUGGAAUUUGCAUAGGAUUUAGCUUCCCCAAGGACAAAAUGAAGUAAAAGCAAGGACAGUGAAAUGUCCAGCAGCUGUUUGAAGUGUGAAUGUGCUACAAAAGGCCGAGAUCAGCAGCUUAGCUGCGAACAUUGCAAAACUUCCUUCUCUCCUCCCUUUAUUGAGGAUGUCCCCAUCUUUUCAGGAAAAGGUGGAAUCACCUAUGCAGGUUCUGGGGUAUUUAGUCAGAGAGCUAGCAGGAUGCUAAUAAAAGAGCUGACAAAGAGCAGUAAAAUCCUGCUAGUUGCUAUAAGAAACAGCUCUCCUGGGAAAUUUAAAAUCUGCUGUAUUAACUUUGCCUAAAUCUCCAGGGUUGACACUUCCCAUUCUGUCUGAGAAGGGAAGUGGAAGAAGGAAAGCCUUAGUUCUAGUUAUCUCUGGUGCUUUAAUAUGGAAUCUGUUGCAGUAAUAAUAAUAAUAAUAAUUUAUUAUUUAUACCCCGCCCAUCUGGCUGAGUUUCCCCAGCCACUCUGGGUGGCUCCCAAUCAAUGUUAAAACAGUACAGCAAUCUGUUUACGUCUUAAAUUCUGCAAUGUCCCUGUCCUUAUCAUGCUUCUAUGGCACUGGGAAGAAACUCUUGCCCUUGCUCUACAGAUGCCAAUGCAUCAAUACUUGUGGCACCUUUGCAGUGCAAAUGCCUUGUUUUGACAGUUUCUCUGCCUUUUGAACUUACCCCAGCUUUCAAAGCAAGCCAUCGCAAGGAUAUUCUGAUGCUAAUGCUUUCAGUGAAAAAGCUGGUAUAGCACAAAUGCUAGCAAAGACUCAGGUGCUCCUGUCCUGCUUGUGGCUGGUGGGAUAUCAGAGGUGAUGUUUGGUAGAUGGUUUGGUUUUCAAAAUUUUGCUCUCUCAUUGUGCCUUCCAAACAACUACAGUCUGCUUUAUUGUUUAUCAGCCAGCUUCUUCAUAGUAUUAGCCUGGCUUUUAUUGAUUGGCCGCCUGGCACUACCUUUCCCAGAAGAGCCACUACAUCUCAACAUCUCUGCCUCAUCCCCACCCCCAGUUGAUUCUGCUUUAUGAAAAUGGGUGGUUUUUGUGACUUUCAUUCAAAGAAAAUUAUUGCCCUUUUCCUCUUUCUUUAUAUUUUUUUAAUUGCAUUUUUGUUUAUUCCAGGUUUGGUUGAUUUGCACACCCACCUUUGGUUGCUCAAUUCCAUAUAUAUAAAAAUAUAUAUGAUAAAUAUAUAAAUAUAUAUCAUAAGUAUUUUAUCAUUUACUAAACUUAGUAAACAAUAUACAUGUUCUAACGGUGUUGAAAACAUCAAUAUUUAAAGUUGAUGUUUGAAGAUUUUAUAUAAGCCAACUAUUUUGCUAUUACAAAGCUGGAAUAAAUAUUAUAAAUGGAUAAAAUAUAUAUUUAUAUUUUUAUAGGACCUUAUUUUAACUAGCUUUUCACUAUGGAGUGUGUUGACUGGAGAGCAAAGCCUCAGGCUGGGCCACAAACUGAGCAUCCUGCCAAGGACUGUUACACCCUGAGCCACACUUGCUUGGGGAUCACAGCUCUUUGGAUUGGGAGGCAAGGUGCCAAGGAUCUGGCUAAGGUUUAAAUUGCACAUUGUGAGCCCAGGUUUCCCCAAAUAAUAAUAAUAAUAAUAAUAAAUUUUAUUUAUAUCCCGCCCUCCCCAGCCAAAGCCGGGCUCAGGGCGGCUAACAACAAUAAAACAGUACAAAAGUACAGCAUAAACAACAGUCUAAAAUCAUUCGUUAUAAAAUUAAUUAAUUCAAGCCACUGGCAACCAUUGGGCCAGAGCUCCGCGAAGAUUGCCGAGGGAGGGAGUCAGGCUGUGCCCUGGCCAAAGGCCUGGUGGAACAGCUCUGUCUUGCAGGCCCUGCAGAAAGAUGUCAAGUCCCGCAGGGCCCUGGUCUCUUGUGACAGUGUGUUCCACCAGAUCGGAGCCACGGCCGAAAAAGCCCUGGCUCUAGUUGAGGCCAGCCUAACUUCUCUGUGGCCUGGGACCUUCAAGAUGUUUUUAUUCGAAGACCGUAAGUUUCUCUGUGGGGCAAACUCAGAAGAUGGGAGAGAUUUCCUGUUUAAUAAGGUGUAUUGCAUGUUUAACACUGUCCGUGAAAGGGUGGCAGGCAGACUUUACCUUUCAGCUGGCAAAUAUACAGGAGAUGAUGAAAUAAGCAAGGAAUGUUCCUGGGAGGUAAGCAGGUUGAAGGUCAGUUGCCUUAGGAACACUUAACUGGAGCCAAAGAAAGAUAGCCUGAAACAGUGUCACUAAAGUGCAAAACCUUGUUUAAAGGAAAGUACCUAGUGCAAGAUGGAACUGAAUUUUCCAGUAGGGUGGAGUUGGGUAGCAAACAGAUUUAGCCAUCAUUCAGAUCUGUUGUUCUUGUUGGCAUCCAUCUGUCUCUCGAGACAACAGAGUGCGCCUCUGUGGAUGAAGUCAAACCACUGCAUUCGCAGCACUGAAGUGAUCUUCCUGGGGUGCAAGUCUGGGCAGUAUGUAUGGAGGUCCUGGGCUGCCCAGACAACAAGGUCCUCCUCUCAGCCUCACUGUUGUGGUCCAAAGGAAAGCAGACAAUAUGUUGGGCGCCAGUUUGGCUGCACGAGUUGCUGGAAAGAGGCGUACAGUGGUACCUCGGGUUAAGAACUUAAUUCGUUCUGGAGGUCUGUUCUUAAGCUGAAACUGUUCUUACCCUGAAGCACUUUAGCUAAUGGGGCCUCCUGCUGCCGCUGCGCCACCGCUGCACGAUUUCUGUUUUCAUCCUGAAGCAAAGUUCUUAACCCGAGGUACUAUUUCUGGGUUAGUGGAGUCUGUAACCUGAAGCGUAUGUAACCCAAGGUACCACUGUACAAGGCUUCAUCCAACCAUCUUAGGAACUCCAUUUCCUUAUUUGUGUAGGCCUUACUCCUUAGCCUUUUCUUUUCGCAAAGAUAUCCCACAAGCCAGCAGAGGUCUAGAACCAGAGUUUUUCUUCUUCUAGACAGGCCACCAAUCCAGGCCCCCUCACUUUCCUCUACCACACAGGCAGAAACCGCCUUAUUGACUGUUGGGCGCCACUAUUGCUCUCAUCUGCUCAAUCUGUCAGAGCCUGUCUUUGCAUACAGAAGUCCCUAACUCACUGAGGGUUUGAGAUCCACCAGUUACCUUCACCUGGUUAGGCAGCCAGUCAAAGCCAUUCCUGGGGUGUAGCUGCUGUCACAUGCUGACAGCUUCUAAGAGCCACAGGUGACAGCUGAGUGCAGGGUGGGGACCAAAGGAUUGUUGUUGUUGUUGUUGUUUUAUUGUUCUACUUGGUGUCUAUUUUUAAACACACCUGAAUAGCUUCAAAGUGGAAGAUACAUCUUAUUCUUGCCAUUUAAAUGGGCAAAGCACUGUAUAAUUCCCUCGCACUUCAACAGCCUCCAGCAUUUGAUUGCAACAGAAUUCAUUAAAAUGUUAGCCAAGCUAUUUAGCGAUGAGCAGAUGGGGCAGUACCGAUACAUACAAUCUCAAAAGCAGGCCUCCUGAAUGAGUGACCCUGGGCCUUUUACUUCUAAGGCAUGUAUGUGAGGCAAUUUGCAAGCUACCCCACACCCUCUGCACUCAGAAUGUGCCACAAGACCUAGUAACUGAGAUUCUAUCAGAGUCCGUCCAACUUUAAUAGUGUUGUAGCAGCAGCUGCCUCUAUGAUCUCAUCUAUAAAAUGGACUUGACGAUAUACUGUUGUUUUAAAUGAAACUAGGUUCCAACUAGUCAUUUAUAUGUGUGUGCUCUUGUAAUCCACUUGUUUUGCAUGGAAUGCUGCUCUGCAUUCAAUCUAUGGAACAUUUGCAAGUGUUAACACCAAUGCUGGAGCCAUUUGGAUUUGUGUUGUACUGUAAAUCACUUCAGGAUGCCUCAGGGGAAGUGAUUCAUAAAUGAAAUAAUAAUAAUAAUUUUCACAAAGGGCAUGAAAAUUGGCACUGGCAUUUCCCUGAUCUGUCAUUCAAAUGUAAAACUUGAACAUUGUUUAGCAUCUCCACUUCUAUCCUGCAUUAGCAGCAAAUCAGAUAUUUGUAGAUAUGAUUUGAGAAACAAUCUGGAGAGGUGUAGGAUGGAUCUGUGGGCUGCUUCACACAUUAAGUUGCAGCAAAACUGCUUUUUCUCAGAGUUAGGGAGCUGUGGCCAAUAACUCCCAUUUCCUGAGUGAAUGCUCUGGCAUAUAACAUGGAGAGGUCAAGUCUAUGCACUGCAUGUUUAAGGUGCGCAUGUCAAAUUUUUCAUGUAUAUGUCAUAUGUUGAAACUGUCUGCAGGUCAACAGUUAAAACCAUGUUAUAGUGGGCUUGAAGAGACCUUUCCUCUCCUUCCUUACACUUUCAUUUGGUAACCAAGUAGGCCCUGUUGCAAAAGGAACAGUCAGAUCCCAUUCACAGAGGGAGUUGUUAGCUACUUGUCUGAUGCGAGCAAGCCAGACAUGCUCAAGGCAUUCUCCUUGGCAGCAGGGAAGCUGGAUUGGAGGGAGGAGGAGGAGAAGGGAAGGGAAAAGAGAAGCCAGGAUAUUUCAGCAAUGCACAUAACACUCACUGCUGUGGAGGUCAGCGCCUGGACACAGCCCUUACAGCAGGCGAUGGAAUGUAAAGGGCUGGGCUUUGCAGCAGGAAGAGAGCAGAGGAGCUUUGAUUCUUCGUAAUUAAAACAAACCCAGCAGCCGCAGAGAAUCAACCACAGUUCUCUUAAACACUCUUUGCUCCUGUGUUGAGGAAGGAGACAGGCAGCUUCUGGGGAAGGGAUUUCACAGUCCAGCUGUCUCCUCCGGGUCAUUCUGGUGCUGCUCAGUACCAGCCAGCCCAGAAGCGUAAUUCCUUCUGUAAAAGUGGGGUGCAGUUUUACUUCCUUCCUUGCCUUGUGCGCAAGAUUACACUCUUGUACUCUUGACAAAACACAGGUCUAUCCCUGUGCAUUUUGGUAUCAGUCCCAGGGUUUUCAUGUUCUUCUAUUAUCAUAGAGCUGGAAGGGACCCUGAGGACCAUCUAGUCCAACCCCCUGCAAUGCAGGGAUAGGCAGCUGUCCCUUAUGGAUAUUGAGCCUCUAACCCUUGUUGAAAACCAACUGGGGCUUAACGUGAACAAGCAGUGAGUUAUUGUCACUGAAAGUUCUUGCACUGGUCCUUCCCACUGCUGCUACACUGCUGAGAAACAAGUCUGCGCCUGGCCGGUUGUGAUGUCUAAGCCUGGGCUUAUGGCUUAUUUAUCUCCAAACAAACCAGGAGCUGUAACCAAGGUUUGUUCUUGGCUUUCUGCUCAUGGGGUUUUUUUGUUUUUGUUUUAGAGAAACAAACCAUGUGCCAGGGUCCAGACAUCCUGACAAGCCAGACUCUGGGCUGUUUGCCGACAGCAUGGCACAUGAGGAGUGAAGCGAGAACUUUUCUGCAGCAGCCACUGGCACACUGUACAUUCACAUUUAACUAUAGCUUGCUUUUCAAUAAAGUUUCUUUUACCUGCAGACCAGGCCCCUCUGUUCAAUGGGGUGUACACCCAGAAUUGCAGUCAGGAAUUAACUAAUCCAGAAUAAUUAUCACCUUCUACUGCCUUGCUCACAGACUCUUCCUGCUUCUGUGGUUUGAAAACAUGAAAGAAAUCUACUCUUAUAUCAACUAAAGCCACUAGGUCUACUGCUAAGUAUGACUAAUUAUAGAUCCAACCCUAUAAUGAUACAUGCUUUGCUAUGUUACGGGGCAGCUUUAUUCAUUAAGGGUCUUAUUAGUAAUCUGCCUUAAAAUAAGACCAAAAUUGUAUGUGCACAUUUGAGGGUGGUGGCUAAAGAAGGAAUGCAUCACCUGGGGAAAACCAGAGGUCACAGAUCUGCAUAAUAUUUGCCUACAUUUGGUAUUAAGCUAUACAUAAUUUACUAUAAUUUAGAUAGGAAUACAAUCAAUCUCCCUAUUGUGUUCAUUCAUGGUUUUUACCUCUGUUGUUAGCCAUCUCGAGCUUUUUAGAGGAAAGGUGGAAUACAAAUACUGUAAACAAUUGGGAAGAUGGUGUCCUGUUUGGUUGCUCAGUCUGUUCUCCAGGUGUUCACUGUUGAUGGGCAACAUCCAGACCUCUGUUCUUCUUCUUAAGCUUCUUUAGUUUUAAACCAAAUGUGGGGUUGUAUGCAAUGAAGCUGAUAGCACAAGCAGCUCCACCUGUGCCAUGGGGCUUCCUUGCCCUUUUCCUGUGUUCUUCCCCCCCCCCCCACUCUUUGGGGUUUCCUCCCAGCUCUCUGGGGCAGAAAUACUUGAGGGAGGCAAGAUGCAAGGAGAUGUGGGAAGAGUCAUCCUGCUGCACAGGCAGAAGUUCUUGCACUAACAGGAUGCUUUCAAACAGAGGACUGUCCUUAGACUGCCCUUCCAAACAGAGGGAUAUUCUCUGUAAUAUAGGGUACCUGGCCACCUCAGCACAGUGAAAUGCUCAGCAAGAGAGGUUGUCCUCUUUGGAAAAUCAAUAUCCCCUAGAACAGUGGUGGGCAGACUUGAAGCUUCUUUGGGAUCUUCUUUGGGCAUUUUUGCUUGAACCCCCAGGUCUCAAGGCAUAUGCUUGGAAUUAAAAGAAGUCUGAGAAUUUGGUUUGAACUGUGGCUUUUAUGGGUGUUGUGUAAUUUACAUGGGCCUGCUUUUGUUUUUGUUUUAAGGCAAAUUAUGACUACUUGCUAUGGAGAAAGAUCUGCCUACGUGCAAGAUAACAUCUAUAAUUUCUCACAAUACCUGAAUCUAUCCAUCUAUCCUAUGUGCCUCUGCUGUUACUUUCUUUUAUAGAACCAGUCGAUCCCAUACAAUAUUUCUGUAUUGGAGUCAUGCACUCAAAAGCAGCUGUCCAUGACAUGUACAGAUAAUAAUUAUUGCGUGCAUGUGAAAACAAGCACUGAAAGCCAUCCAUGUGGAAUCCCCGUUUGUAAAACCUGUGAGAGACAGGGCAUGAACUACAAUUGUAUUUGAUCUUUAUUAUUUCAUGUAUGAAUUGCUUCCCAUGAAACAUCCCCAAGUGAUUAACAGCAGAAACACCAGCAACAGAAACAUAUAUAAAUACAAUUUCCAGUUCAGUGGAGAUAUGGACAGGGGUGAAAUAAAAUCUCCAUUUAAAAGGCUUGUUGGAAGAGAAAGACCUUCCACAGGUACUGAAAAUAUAACAGAGAUGGCACCUGUCUGAUAUGGAAUGGGGGAGUGUUUCAAAGGGUCUCAUUCCUACCGGGUACAGAGUGGGUCUUCUGAUGUGUUGGUAUCUGUGGGAGGCAGUAUAUAAAGAGUAAGAUUACCUUUUUGGUAUCCUGGUCCCAAGCUGAUAAACCUUUGUAUACUAGUGCCAAUAUCAGAUCCCCAACUCCCACUAGCCCUAGCUAACAUGGCCAGUGGGUCAGGAUGAUGAGAGUCAUUCAGCAGCAACAUGUCGAGGGCAACAGGCUUGGAGAAGUUGUUCUAGGCGAAUUACAAUAUUGUCAGUAAGGAGGUUGCACAGAUAGUUGAAUUGAUGAAACAGAUGCCAAGCUAGUCAAGAAUGUGGUGGGUCUCUGUCUCUCUCCUGUCUCCAUAGACUGAAACCACAAGAUGUGAUGGUGUAAUUUAGGGUCAUGCCAAUUACAUAACACCCAUAGAAGCCAUAGCUCUCCUGUUAUGGGCACCUGCCUCAUUGAUUCAUGCCUUUUGGAAGCUCCUUGCAGUGAGUAACAAAGGGAUGUUUUAAAACGCGCCACACAUUAAUUUUUCUUGCAUAGAUGAUCUGGGUUAGUCUCCAGAUGAUGCUGGACUCCAACUCCCAUCAGCCCCAGCUGGUGUGGCCAAUGGCCAGCCAUGAUGGGAGUUGGAGUCCAGCAACAUCUGGUGGGGACACCACAUUGCCUGUCCCUUGCAUAGAUAAGACAGGCCCAGGCCAGAAACAGAACUGGAAGUUGUGCUUUUCAUUCACAAUAUUGCACAGACGAGUGUUUCUCAAAUGUCCUUUAGGGAUGCGUCAAACAGGGAAGAUGUCCUAUUGAUUGUAAAUCUGUAAGCUACUUCUAAGAAAAAUCCAGCCAGGUAAAACCAACAAAGUAUCUGGGUUGCUGGCCACUUCUUAAAGACUUGAGGACACUUCGGGAGACCCUGAAACAAAAGAUUUUUGUAGGCUCUGUAGGACCUUUACCAUUGACAGAUUUAUUGUAGCAUAAGGUUUGGUAGGCUGGAGCUCAUUAAAAAUAAAAAAGAAAUGUUUAUGACUAUUAUUAUUAUUAUUGCAAGGGGACUCGGUCCCAUGACAGCUGGAGCACAAUAACUCUGUGCUACAAUGUUUACAAAAAGUGAAAAGGUUCAAGACUCCCAAAAUGCAGGUCGCGUUCCUCUUCCUGACCUGCUGAUGCUGUAGCUAAAAAAGAAUUUUUCUCUGUUUUUGUAAAUAAAUUCUUAAUCCCCCCCAAAAAAUCUAUAAAAUAAGGAUAUAAAAUUCAAACCACCAUCUAACAUUAAUGCUUCUAAUAAAAAAUCCUACUAUUUUACAAACUUUCUUUUGAGGUUCUUUAAACCUCAAUACUCCUUCCACCGCCUUCUACUGGUUCUUUACAUCUUACAUCAUUCUCUGCAUUUUGUUAUCAUUUUUAUCCACUUGUUAUACCUUUACAUUCUCUAAUACUUUACUUCUUACAAGUGCUUAAUCUAAACCUGCCAAUGUACCAACUCGUUUACAGUAUUUCUGCACAUACACAAUAAUUUUCUCCCAUUCUUUUUUAAACUUCUCAUUGUCAAAGUCUCUUGAGUUUUGCCAUCAGUUUUGCCAUUUCUGCAUAGUCCAUAAGUUUUAUUUGCCAUUCUUCUGUUGUUGGCAACUGUUCUUCUUUCCAUCUUUGGGCUACAUAAAUAAUUUCUUCUGUUUUUUGGGAAUUACUGUUCCUAUUAUACCUAGUAGAAAAGCUUCUGGUUUCUUUGCAAAGGUUAGUUUAAAUAUUUUCUUCAAUUCAUUAUAUAUCAUUUCCCAGAAGCCUUUAAUAACCUUGCAUCCCUACCGCAUAUGAUAGGGUGGCUAGGUGGAAAAAAGGACAGUUGUAUAAAAGAGGGAAUUAUAAGAGGUGCAGCUAUCCAUCUUGUUUCACUAUGUAUUUCUCUUCCAUAAAACACUGCUAUGGUACUUUAAAAAAGUGCAGCUUAUUCAUUAUGUAAGUUUUAGGGCUUCAGGUUUAUUUAUUUACUUAGACAAUUUAUAUAUCUCUUAACUACAAUUGUCUAUAAGCAGUGUACAAAGAACGCAAUACAAUGAAAAUAAACAUAGUUUAAAACAAUAAAAAAAUAAGCCAGGAAGCUAUGUUUGUUUGUUUUGGUAGGACUGUCUUGAAUUUGAAGAUUUGCUUCACUUGCAAACAAAGUCAGGGACACUCCAAUCCAAACAUAGUAACUGUUACACCCACUAAGAACAAUGAUAGAUAAUAUGAGUAGAGUACUCUGUGAUCUAAUAGGACUUUUCCUUCCUAAGCCACUCUAAGCCUGUAAUGAAAGGCAUAAACCUGCUUGAGGGCUAAGUCUGCAUGAGGGUCAGUGUGCAACAGAUUUUAUCUUUCUACACUGAGCACUGGUGAAAGGGUUUGAAGUACUUCUAAAAGGGGCCUUAGUUUGUGAAAUUAAGGGUUAGACUAGUUGUCCAAUGAACUACACCUCAAAGGAUGGCUGCAUCACUCAACAGAGACACAAAUAAUGAGCAGAGCCAGUUUCUUGCAGUCAGCGCUAACAAAUAAAUACAAUGUUUAAUGAACCCUUUCUUCUUCUUCUUGCGCCAUCUGACUUUGUCCUUUCGUUGUUUUUCUGUCAAGUGAACUGACUGCUCAUGCCACAAAUUUCAACUGAUCAUCGGGAGGUGAUAGUAUGAACAGAUUAGUCCUUAUCCUGGAGCUGGAAGAUCUGGCUUUGUUCUCUGCUCUUAACAGUGUGUGAUCUUGGCUAGGUGUUUCAGGGUGGGGCCGCACAGGAAGUUUCCCACAAUCCAGGUUUACACUUCAGUGAAUAUCUCCAAGUGCAGGAAGCACUCUCUGGGAAAACAAGGCAUGACCGACUGCAGGAUUUCUCAUUGCUAAAAUGCCACCUUCAUUUUUCAGUGUUUCCACUCUGGAGUGUGGACAACAGGCAGAGAAUCUGGAAAGACAGCAGUAUCAUGAUGCUUACUGCCCUUGGGUGCAUUGAACUGGUAUAUGUAUGACUUGGGGAAAAAACCCACUUUGAUGCGGAAGUGCUUUCAGUGUCUCUCAGCACCUGCAAACAUGUUACCUCGUGUCACGGAGCAAAGAUACCUGGGACUGUUGGACAUUGAUAGCACCUGAAUUCCUGUGCAAAGUAAAUUUUCAUGUUUAUGUAUAGAUCUAUUGGUUUCAUAUCCACUGACUUUUAGAUCCUAUUAAUCAUGCCCAGGGCUUUUUUUCAGGGGGAACUUGCCGUAACUCAAUUCCAGCACCUUUCAGGGGGACGCCAUUGCCAUUAUAAGAGAACAAGGGAGGCGUUCAUGGGGAGUUCUGGCACCUCUUUUUCUAGAAAAAUAGCACUGAUCAUACUCCAGAUUUUCCAUGAGAACACCCACUGGAAAAGACAAGUAGGUUAGACAUUUUCCUCUGCAACACCAUUGCAAUACAAGAUCAGGAAGGUCCUCUAUAGAGUUGAAGCAACAUAGUAGUUAAGAGCAUGAUCUGUGAGUUGGUGAUGUGCACUUUUACUUCUGGAAACUCACUGAAUGGAUUUGGGCAAGCCCCACCACCUAUCUAACCUCAUCUCUCAUGUGUGGGCAAUAAUACUUGUCUACCUCACAGGGUUGUAGGAUUACUGAGGUAAUAGAGUGUGAGGUGUUCUGCACUCUUAAAUGCACUCUAUAAUGCUGAAACGUUACUGUAUCAUACUACAGUAUUACAUCCCUGAGCAUGAAUUCUGUCUGCAUUGGUGCAGUCUCCCUCUGUCCAGAGAUUUGGGGAAACUUUCCCUGUCCUUCUGGCAGUGUUUACAAAGUUUUAGCCUCUCUUUGUCCUCUGGCCUCCUGGGCGGUGGGGCUUAUGGCUGGGCUGUGGGCCAGGAGCUGAUCUGACACAUAGAAGCGGGAUUUAUGGGAUGCUGCUUUGAUUCCAGCUCAAGGGCACGUAGGGCUGAAGCCAGAAGAGACGCAGCGUUUGGGUCCGUGGCAGGGAGGAGGGUGAGAGCAUCCAGCUGCUGCUGCUUCUCCUCCUCCUCCUGCCAUACUCUCCUUUGAUGCCUUUAAGAACUUUUUUGGAAGCUUGUUUCUCCAAAUGAGGACUGGCAGGCCGGCUGAAAAUUGCAUGCAAAGCCCGCCCACACACUUCUGGUGGGACACUUUGAUUCCGUUGUGGCAACUUGCCCCGUUAGUUCAAGCCGGGGCUCCUCCCUUCUUCUUUACUCUGCUGAUGCAUCUCAGCCUGGUCUUGUGAUUUCUGCUGCUGUCAUCUCAAGUUUUCUGUAGUUGUUUCUUGUUUCUGUAGCUGUCCACAGUCUCAUUUUUCUUCUUCUGGACUUAGGAGACCUGUAUGCACAUGUAUGCACACACUGUUUUUCCAUCCCCAUAGCCUUCAAAGCAGCUCCUUGAUUUCAAUUCUGCCCCGUGCUUUAUCUUGCAAUCAUUACACUUGUCUGCAUCGGUCUUCCUGAACACCGACCUGAAGCUCUCUUGAGUCCAAGCCCUGCCACUCCCAUUCAUUUAACACUUCUGCUGGUUAUGCCUGCAUUCCCUGGGGGUUGGACUAGAUGACCCUUCGGGUCCCUUCCAAACGCUAUGGUUGUAUGAUCAGCCUCUGUUGCGAAUGGCAGCUUAUCGGAAGCCUUUUGGGGACUCCAGGCAUUUCCGGUUAGUUAAAAUGUUGACUAGGUGCCCAAAAGCCGUGGUCAGGUUUGCCAUAUUGCAGUUUCCAAUGAAAACAAGCAGUGUACCACUGAGCACUUUUUAGUUUGUGACCUAGCAUUGCCCUGAGAUGUGCUCCCUAAAGGGAGAUAUGCAAGGAGAGGAUGCCAUUUUGAGUAUAAUUACUCAUUCUGCAUACAGUACGUGUGUAGCCUUAGCGAUGGGAGCAUGUGUGUACCAUUGAAGGUGGUUUUAUAUUCUGAUUUUGUUCUGUGAACUGCCCUGAAACCUUCAGGUAUAGGGCGGUACAGUGGUACCUCUGGUUACGAACUUAAUUUGUUCUGGAGGUCCGUUCUUAACCUGAAACCGUUCUUAACCUGAGGUACCACUUUAGCUAAUGGGGCCUCCCACUGCUGUCUGCAUGUGAUUUCUGUUUUCAUCCUGAGGCAAAGUUCUUAACCCGAGGUAUUACUUCCGGGUUAACUGAGUCUGUAACCUGAAGUGUUUGUAACCCGAGGUACCCGGGUUACAACCCGAGGUAUAUAAAUUCAAUAAAUAAUAAAAUAAUAAUGAUGCCACAACAGAAGUAGUUUCCAGUGUGACCACUGUACUCAGCUCAGAAUUCUCUGCUGUGGCUCCUUCGGAUUUCAGACUAACGGUCUUUCCCAGCCCUACCUGAAGAUGCCAGGGAUUGAAUUUGGGUACAUCUGAGUGCAAGGCAGAUCCUGUACCACUUAGCUUGGGCCCUUUUUACUGAUACUGUGACCUCUGGGACAGUGUUUCAAGAGGUUUAUGGCAACCUGCCUUGCAUUCUGUAUGGUUGCAAAUUAAACAAAAGUGUUAAACCACAAAGAUAUGGAAGUCUUUAUGUUUCAUGUUGAAGAUGGUUUGGGUCCAAAGCGUUUCGAGCCAGAAACGGCCUUCUUCUGGAGAUACAUUAGAAUGAUGAUUGAAAUAUCUCUGUCGGUCCCUACUAACAGAUGCAUAACCGUGUCACACACAAGAGUUCAUUAGCAAGAGCGGUGCUAGGAGGGGUUUGCAUGGGACACAUGCAAUUCACCAGCUGCUUCCAUUUGUGCAGGUAAAAAGGAAGUGGAGUCUGAAGGGAAAAUAUUUGUAUACACUGCAACUAAAGAAAGUGCAUCAUAACUUCAAUCUCUUUCUCAAAAACAAUAAACAAUAAAUGGAACAGCAAUACAAGACUCCAUAGAUCUUGGCCAAGUUACUCUGCUUCCACAGAUCACUUUUCCUACAGUGCCCUGCCUUGUAGGGGUGUGGUGAGAAUAAAUAUUUAGCAGAGUGAGUGGGCAGAUGCUUAGAUGCUAUGGUAAUAGGGCCAAAUAAAUAAUUUUAUAGCUGACUUUCCUCUUCUCAAUCACCAGGGAGGCCUAUAAAAUGUGUUUACUGACAAACUCUGAAGCUGUUUUUUUGUGAAAGGGCUUUGGUUUUACAAUCCUGUUUCAGACAGGAUCGUUCUUGGUAUCUGAAGUUUAUCCAGCCCCUGCAGUUGUUGUUUUUGUCUGCUGUGGGUUCUAAUUCAGGUAUAUGCAGUUUUCAGCUGAAUCACCUGAGUAAAACUUAAGUGGAUUCUGAAAACCUUUACAGUUUUUUUCUGGAAAGGAGGUAGGUCUUCUAAAAUUGUUGCUAUUGUUGUUGUUUUUGUUAGUUAUGUAAACACUGACUGAAAUUGGCAAAAGGCUUUCUUUAUUUCUAUAUUUUGUUCGCUUUUUUUAAAAAACACAUAUUUUUUAUUAAAGAUUUCUUGGUUUACAAAAGUAUGUGCAAUGUCUAUUUUUUCAAGUUACAUUUUCUACAGAUCAGUUUGUUUGUGAUUGACUGUGGUGAACUUUGUUUUCAUGUGUGAGUGGGGUGGGUGGGUGUUUUUGAAUCAGGUUAGGCAGAUUGAUUCGUAUGCUGUUGGUGGAUUCUUCUUGUUGUCUUGUUGGUCUGCGUAUGUGAUAAAGGGGAUCCAUACUGGGGUAGCAUUUUCUUCUAUUUGUCCCCGUAUCAGUUUCAGUUUAUUGGUUAGUUUUUCUAAUAAGGCUGUUUCCCAUACUAUUUGGUACCAUUGGUCCAUGCUGACUCCUGACAGGUCUCUCCAGUGUCUGGCUAUGAUGUUUCUGGCUGCUGAGAGUAGGUGGGUUAUGAGCUCUUUGUGAUGUGAGUGGGCAUUAUUAUCCUGGAAGAUGUUUAGUAGGGCCAACUCUGGGGUGACUUCUAAUACUUAUUGUUUUUGUAUUCCCAGUGUACAGAUGGGGAACUGUCUUCUGAGAUAAAGGUUAACAGGCGCAUGCCCCAGGUUCAGUUCCUGUGUCCCCAGAAAAGGCUAAAAAAGAAAGAGUCCUUGUCUGAACUUUGCAGAGUUACUGCCACUUAGACAAUACUAAGGUAGAUGAACCAACUUAUAUGGCAGCUUCAUGUAUCCUUCCCUAUGAGACUUGUUAACAGGACAAAGCAGAGUAAGAUGUGAGAUCCAUUAUCGGACUAUCUCCCGUCUUCUUUUUUUUGCUUUAGUUUGUAGUAGUUACAGGAUCUUCCAAAUGGGAUUAGGGCCAGGGAGUGCCGGGGGACAGCAGUUAAUCCUUUCCUAAUUAUCUCUAUGAUAGCUUCAUUAACUAUGAACUCUGAAAUUUGGGUUUUGCAGUCAUUUUGCAGGGUUUGGAGUGGAAGCCCCAGGUUCUGCAGCACCCCCAAACUGAGGAAUUGAUACAUCAAUUUGGGGGUUCCAGCAUUAUAUGUCCAAUUCACCCCAAACCACUGCCAAAGUUUUGCAAUAGUUUUGCAAUAUUUUGCAGUGAAAUAUUUAGCAAACUGAGAAAUUGAUACUCAAGGGGGCGGUGGGCGGAGAUAGCUAUCACUCCAAAACUAGGAUAACUCAAAAACUCAGCACACCUAUUUUCACCCAGUUCUGUAGACAAGUAACUGUGACUUUAUGAGAUUUGGCUCUGGAAGAGGUGGGAAUUGAACUGAAAGGAACACUUUCCUCAGUCAAUGGAAGUGCUGAUUCCACUGGUACAGGCAGAAUUUGAGGGAGUGUUGUUGACACAAUUUGUGUAAGUGACAGACUAUCGCUUUGAUGCCUGCCUCUCUUUCUUAGGUAAUUGCUUGGCUUGAUUGGUCUUUGACAGCUGAUCUGCUGCAGCAAUUUUACACUUUGGGUAAUCAAGCGCUGGUUACCAGUCAAUAGGCAGUGUUUUAGAAAGGCUUGCAUUUGCAUUAAUCAUGCAACCUGCAAUUGAGCAACACUGGGGCUUGUUUGUUUUCCCUCCUCUCAGAGCGCUGUGACUGCAGUAAUAAACACAGACUGUUACUCAUUUAAAUUUGACUACCAUUGAAGCUGGACUAAUAAGUUAAAACUGUUUGAUUGGUUGAUUUACGAGUUAUGUGUUGCCAAUUUCCGCCCUCCCUUCCCUACAGGUGGGCGGGGUUUGCAGCACUGAGCAGGAGCUCACCUGGACGGGUACCUCCCACCUGCUUGGGUUGGCCGUUGACCCACCCUUAGCCAGGGAGGACAAGGGAUGGACGGCCGGGGGUGGGACUAAGGCCAAAGAAAAGAGGCUGACCCCUUUGACCAAGCCUCAUUUGGUUUUCUUCCUUCUAGGAUGUGGCUCUGUAGAGACCUCAGGCUGGCUAACAGCAUGGUAA